GGAUGUCAUUGCAGUGACUUGUGCUUUCAGAAAGACGUUUGUUUCAAGGUCUCCAUCUCAUCCUGCAAACUUUUGAUCCUGGUAAGUGAUGCUGAAUUUUUACUAGGGCUUCUAUUCUAUUUAAUGUGUUAAGUUUAUUAUUUAUUAGAUUUAAAUCAUGUAGGAAGUUGGGGUGGAGAAUCUGCCCCACUUCCCAUUCUAUUUUCCAUAGACUCUCUUGUUUCUAACUGCACUAAUAUGUGAAAAGAGGAAUGAACCACACACACACCCCUUAACAAAUCAAUUCCCUGUUUAGCAGUUUGAAGCAAGUCCCUUCCUUCAGGAGCGCCAUCUCAGUUUCUGAACUUCUGACAUCCUUUCUUGCAUGGACUAGCCAGCCUCCAAAUUCCUCAGAGUUUAAACCAACGAGGAACUUUUGCACCUCUCUAUUCUUCACUGUGGUCUUUCAAAUUUUGCGGAAUUCUUCUAAUUUUUCCUCUUGACUUCCUGCAGUUGAAGGAAGCCUCAUAGUGGCAUUUCCAUUUGUUUUCCCCACCUCCAUCCCAAAUGAUCUGCAAUAUGUCUGUGGUUAUUAAAGAUCACAGCAUGGUAUACAGAUUCAGCUCGGGUGUGUUUGGCAGCCUUCUCUCUCUAACCCAUGUGCGUCAAGCUUUGAGGCAGACUUCCUCCAGCAAAAUGGGGGGGGGGCUAAUCUUUAUAAGGCAAUAGCUCUGCUUCAUAUUGGAUUAUUUGAUACCAGAUGGAAUUUAACUUAAUUACACAGUCUGAGCAAUGAGAACACAGAACUUUGUGAGUUCCUUUUUGAAAGCUUUGAGAACUGGACUUCAGGCCUUUUUAAAAAUUAUUAUAUAUAUAUAUAUAUAUAUAUAUAUAUAUAUAUAUAUUGAUCUUUAUUUUAAUUUUUUUUCAUUUGGGAUGUAAAUUAGAGUUGGGGAGAAGAGCAGACUCUCCAGAUGUCCCUACCUUCCAGGGAUGUCCCUGAUUUAGAGAAGCCAUCUUCGUUUCUGAUUUGAUCCCAGAAUGUCCCACUUUACCUUAGGAUGUCCCUAUUUUCAUUGGAGAAAUGUUGGAAGGUAUGGAGUUAUCCGAUUCCUGAGCUGUCUGAAGGCAAUCCUGUAUAGGGAAGUUUUAAAAUGUUUAAUAUUUUAUUAUUAUUAUAUAUAUAUAUAUUGGAAGUUGCCCAGAGUGGCUGGGGCAACCCACUAAGAUGUGUGUGGUAUAAAUAGUACAAUUAUCAUUAUGGAAUGGGACGUCCGUAAUUUCAUCAGAGAAAUGUUGGAGGGUACGGGGGAGAAGGGAUUUGUGAGAAUCUCACAAAGGUUUGGCAGCAAAGCUAAAAGCUCAGGUUCUUUGACUGAUUUUGUCUCCUACGAUUUGAGCAAAGAGAAAAUUUAUCUUCUCUCAAAAUGAAGUCACCAUUCCAAAGCAAAAAAGAUUUCAUGGGACUUGAAUCCCAAGACCCUGUUCUGCUUCCUUUAGCCUCCUUGCCUCUCUGUAGCUCACAUUCCUAUUCCACAUGGUUUCCACAAGAUGAAAAGUGAUGGGUUGUUCCCCCUCACCAACCAAAGUCCUUAUUCUUUCCAAAGCCACUGACACAAUGAAGGGCAUUUAGACGCCUAUACAGGGAUAUCUACUGUAGCUUCACAAUCACAGCUUUUUAUUCACAGGAGAGCACCUACAAGCUCCUUGUGAUGCUGGGAAAAUAUUUACACUGGAACCUACUUGUGAGUCAGACAGAAGGGGGCAUCAAACCGCACCCAGAUUUUUAGUAACUCAUCAAUAGACACAACAGCUACUAAUCCUCCCUGGGCUUUAAUUUUUACCUUGAGAAUAGCUUACGGAGCAGUACAAUGAACCUUAUGUGGGAGGAACCCUGUGACUCUUAAGAAGGGAAGAUGGUAGUAAAAGUGCUGAGAGCAGAAGCCAGUGAACUACUGGAUGGUGAGAUGCAUAUAUAGGAUGUAUUAUUCCUCAUACGCACAUUAGCCUGAAAGUGGGUUAAACCACAGAGCCUAGGACUUGCUGAUCAGAAGGUCGGCGGUUCGAAUCCCCGCGACGGGGUGAGCUCCCGCUGCUCAGUCCCUGCUCCUGCCAACCUAGCAGUUCGAAAGCACAUCAAAGUGCAAGUAGAUAAAUAGGUACCGCUCUGGCGAGAAGGUAAACGACGUUUCCAUGUGCUGCUCUGGUUCGUCAGAAGCGGCUUAGUCAUGCUGGCCACAUGACCCGGAAGCUGUACGCCAGUUCCCUUGGCCAACAAAGUGAGAUGAGUGCCGCAACCCCAGAGUCGGCCACGACUGGACCUAAUGGCCAGGGGUCCCUUUAGUUCCCAUUGAAGUCAGUGGGGCUUAUUUCUGAGUAGAUAUGCAUGAGGUUACAUUACUACUCAUCAUGUAGUAAUAGUGUUGCGUGGAGGGGGAAUCAAUGCACUCUUUUUUCUUUUAGAUUUGUUAACUAACUCAGUGGUGCUGUGGGGGCAGGAAUUUGGAGCAGACGUCAAGGGGUCACAAGGGGCAGGUGAGCUCCAAAAUGCAGCAGGGUUGGAUUAUCACAUUUUGAAGUAAACAAAGAGCAACCCCGCCCAAUAAGACUAUUAAAUCCCGAGUCUGCACCCUUAACAGCAAACUAGAAUAACCUUUUUUAAAAAAAAUUGGGGAAAUUUUGAACUAGGCUCAUUUGCAUUGGAAAAUUUUCAGUUUGUAUCAAAGAAAAAUUCUCAUAUGCUAGAGAGUAUGGUUACUUUACUUGCAUUUAAUAAGUGUUAGAAAGUUUAAAACCAAGCUUUACCAAUAAUGCAUUUGUGCUUGGCCUUCUUUCACUGUUACCAAUGAACUCAUGACGUGGAAAUUUUUCCAUGGAAAAAUAAAGCCCUAGUACAGGGGUCUGCAACCUUUAAGACAAAAAGAGCCACUUGGACCCGUUUCCGAAGAAAAAAAAACUGGGAGCCGCAAAACAUUGCGACAUUUAAAACAAAUAUAUCUCCGGAGCCACGAUCUGACAGCGGGCGGGAAGGUGACGUCGGGACGGUGCGUGACUAACACACGCACCGCCCCCAUGCGACGUCACAGCCAGUACAGCGCCUGCCACAGUGGGGAGUGUCGGGGCGCACAAUGCGCCUCCUCCCCUCGCUAGUAUCCGCCCUGGAGCCGCGGCAAAAGUGUAGAAGAGCCACAUGCGGCUCCGGAGCCGCGGGUUGCAGACCCCUGCCCUAGUAAAAACUACCACCCCAUAUCACUGAUGCAUGCUCAUGCACAAUCUUGUAUUCCUCCGCUUCCUCCCCAAUCCCAUUCCUAACACUUACAGCAGCCUUCUCCAAUUUGUUGCCUCUCAGAUCUUUGGGGCUACAACUCCCAUCAGCCAUGCUUACUGAGGCUAAUGGGAGUUGUAGUCCAAAAGAUGAAGAGGGCCCCCGGUUAGCAAAGGCUAACUUACUGUGAGGACCCUGAUGAAUGGAAUAGAGAAUGUUCAUUUGAGAAGCAUUGAAGUAGCAUUUCUGCUUUGCCCACCUUAUUUCUGAUUGCCAGCUGCUUUUUGCAAGUCUGUUCAGCAUGUUGUCCACUCCUGAAGUGCUGUAAACCACUGCCAAUGUACUGGGAAGCAACAGCCCAUGUUUUCUGCUCUGUGGGCAAGCACUGCAUUUAAGGAAGAUAGGAAAAAAACUAGCUCUUUAUAUCGCAUACUGGCAAAAGAUAUCCAUGCUACUGAAUAAAUGGAAAAUGUAUUCCAGGACAGAUUCAAAAACCUAAAAUCUUAUUUUUCAUCAGGCCAUUUAAGAACCAGAAAAAAAAACAGACUGUUUCUGGACCUAGGGUUUUUCUUUUGCUAACCUGAAAACAUUCCUGUGGCUUCUCCCUGAUAAAGAGGUAGAAUGGGGUUAUGAACUGUGGAGUUGAAAGGACACCAGGACAAGGAGAGGGAGAUCCUGGGACACAAGUUCAGUGGAAUCUUCUUGGAAUUGCCAUUUCAUCUUGAGGGAAGCUUCAUUCUUGAUUCAAAAUGGUGCCCAACUGUAUCCAAACGGAUAAAAACCUCAGAAACCAUUGUACCAAUUUUGGGUAACAUCAGUAAAGUUUUAAAGGAUUCAGUCCACCAUCUUGAUUCAAAAUGUCACCCAAUUGUAUCCAAACAUGGACAAAAAGCUACUCUUUGCUCUCAGUAAUUAUAAUGCAAAAUUUGGUUAUGGUACGUUAAAAGGUGUCCAAUUGCAUGGCAGAAAAACAACUUUCCAAAAUAUAUAGAAGAAGAUACUGGCAGUCUCAAAUCACCAUAUCCUUUCUAACAAGAUUUCCAUUCAUCCUCAGCAACCACUCCCUGUCCCUGCCACCACUGCUCCUUCAGUUCUUCUUCUUUCCCCUCUACUCCUGGCUGGGUUUGCUGCUUCGUCCCUCCACCUUACCCAUAAUCCCUGGUGAUUCCAGAUGUGGCCUACAGUCUUGGGGCUGUUAGGCAGCAAUGGCCACUGCACAAAAUCAUUAUUCCAAUCUAUUUAUUUUCCUUGAAAUAUGUUUUCUCCAAACUUCCAAUUUAGUACUAUAGGUGCUCCAGAUGACCCAUUUAUGGAGCAUUCAUUCUGAUUUUCUUGCACAAAACGUAUGUGGUGGUUAGACUAAGUCCGCUCUUUAUUGAGCAUUUGUUUUGAUUUGUUUAUGGUGCACUUAUAGGACAAUAAGCACUGUGGUUUUUUGGAGGCUCUUCCUUUUAACAGACACCAUAAAUAGUUUGUGUUUCCAGGGCACCAUCUCAUAUUAAUUCCUACAUGAAAUUCUGCUCUGACUACUUUUCUCCCCCCACCCCAAUAUAUUCUGAAUGCAUUUCUUUUUCCUUUUCUUCUGUUGUACCUUGUCUCUCACUCUUUCGUAAGCUGCUUUGUGAGGACAUAACUGCAAAAAGUAGCUUUCAAUAUUUUGAAAAGGCAAAUAAACUGGAUGAGACAGCUGAAAAACCUGCCUGCUAUAAAUGAGGAUCUGCUCCAGUCAUGGGCAGGUUCCGUUUUAACAGGGCCAAAUCAGCAUCACCAGGCACCUGCCAAAGUCCAAAACCUCUUCAGGGCCCCCACUUCCAGCCCCACAGAACCCAUUGGCCUUGCUGCACCUUUCAUUUGUCAAUGUCUUCUUGUAACCCUCUCUGGCCCUGGGGCCCAGAGGGAAGGGAAGGGAAGGGAAAGGCCAGGCUUUCUAUCUAUGUGGAGAUCGGGAUUGGGAUGUGAGGGAAAGACUAACCGAGUGAAAGGGGUUGUUGAGGUGGAGAGGGACUCACUGAGGGCAUUUUCUCUCAAGGGGUUCCUCAGAAACUGAAGCCAGUAAUGUCACUUUUUCCUCAGCUGAGUAUAUCAGCACCUGGUGGGCAAAGUGAGGUGGGGAGUGUCUUCAAGAGAAGGAAGGGCAGCAGGUGGCAAGGGGUAUCCGGUGCGCCCCCACCAUCAAGCGGCCCUUUUCAAAAUCAGCCACUAUACCAAUGCUCCACUUUACAUGAGCGUGUCCAUCCUUGGGUGUUUUAAAGAGAUGGGUCUGUCACCAUCACGUCCAGUUUUGCCUUUAUGCCAUCAAAAGUAAAAAAUAAAUAAAUGAAAAAACGAAAAGGGGGAAAUAUUUGCCUUCUGCUUGCAAAUUUUUACGAUCCCACUCUAGUGCAGUCCACCCUUUCCUUAGCAAUGGAAGCCUCAAAAUAAAUACAGAUCUCUCUCCGGCUCAGUCGAGUGGGUCCAUCUAGUUUAAUCAUCUGUCUAGAGAGGAAACCCAUUGGAAGCAUGAUUUACUUAAGGGCUGUGUUGUUGCUGCUGCCGCCGCUACUGCUGCUGCAGUGCCUCCUGCCCGCCAAUGACUGUGCUAGCGGAUCAGAUGAGGCUGUUGUUCUUCUUUACCAGUCCUGCUGUCUGUCAGACGAUUGUCUCGGGUUUCCUCCACCCUCCCUCCUCUCCUGCCAGUGUCAACUUGUGGCUUUAGAUUUAAGGGGUUUGUCUGCCACUGCUCCAUCAAACAAGGUCUCUGAGGCAGCUGGAGAGAGCCGGACAGCAGCCAGCACUGAACAGACAGAGCUUUCCCCCUCUCUGGUAGCAGCACCCUGUUCUGGACGCAGUUUUGGGAAGGCUUGCAAUGACCUGAUCUGCAUGCUGUGACCUGUCACUUCUGUUCUCUGCAGUCACCGAAGGAAGAGGGGGAAAGCCAUAUAGCACCCAAGAGAAACUGUACAGGAAUCCUGUGGGAGAGGGAAACCUGCAGGCAUACUGGGCUGGCACACCUCCCUCCCUGUUGUCCAGAUUGCUACAGGCAAAGACUCUGCUUCCUGGCAAAAGCUCCCACAGCCGUCAGCAGGUAAGAGCAAAACCAUCCGGUGUGAGCCCGGGAAAAGGGAUCCAAGCCAAGAAGGGACUGAGUGAGAGAAGGAAGAUAAAUGAGGGAAAGCGGCAACUCCAGAAGGAGUUUGUGGUUCUUGCAAUGCAGAGGAUGCUUCCUGGCUCUAGAAAAGACAGCAGUUGCCAAGAUUGUUCUGCAUGUUGACAUUAAGGCAGUGAAUUGGGGCUCUUGGCUGAGCAAGACUUACGGUGUACUUUUAUGUGCAAAUAGCAUGGCCCACAGGUUGGAGGGUGUCAGGGAGUAAGAGUCUUCGGAGGCCAGGAAGGAAAGGCUCCCCUUCCCGUACCAUCAAUUGCGGCAGUGGAAAUGAUAGGAACUGUACGCUGUAUGUUUGCCUAAGAAAAAGAGGGCUUGCUGGAUGAGUUUAGCUUGGAUGCUAAUUGUAUGCUUAGUGCUUUCCAUCAUAGCAGCAGUAGCAAUGUAGUUCCCUAGUUGUGUAUUUAUUUAAUUUAUUUGAGUAAUGCAUUUAAUAAAUAUACAUUGUUUAGUUCCCUUUGCCCCCAUAUCACUCUAACUUUUAAGGAUACAGAUUCUUCCAAGGUAGCUUACAAGUGAAAUCAAAACACAUCUAAAAAAAUGAGCAGACAAUACCAAAACAUAAAAAUCCAUCCAGCUUCUUCUCACAGAGCAGUUGAUGUCAGUUGGCCCUAUGGAGAAUGGAGAUGGGGUGGGGAUGGGGAAUCAUCCAGCGGAAGCUGAAUAAGACUUCUAACAUUACCUUCGCCUGGUCCUCUACCCUACCACCACGGGUCAGUUGGUGGUAGAAGCGACAGUUUAGCUGAAGGAGGCUGGGGUGUCUUCACCACCUGCCUCCCACCAUCAUUCAUGCCUCUUCUUUUCUUUCUGCUUGUGACAUGUCACAAUCUGAGAGUGCUUCCAGACGGGUGUUUAUUGUGGGAUUGGUGCUGCCCAUACAUGCAAUUUUUUAAAGCACCCAGUAAGCAUCAUUGGCAGCCUAUAUCCCCCCUUAACUAUUGAUUUACCCUUUCUGUGAAAAAUCUGGUAAGUUAAAAAGCAAACAAACCUGUUGCCAAUGACCCAUUUCUGAUAUCUGUUUGACCCUUUUGCAAUAUUAAGCCCUGGUCUGGAAGCACCCUGAGUGAUGGGGCUCUAAAGAAGCCUUACGUGUGCUGUUUAUGUACUCAACAUAUCUCCUAAAGCAUUGUCUAUAUAUUUACUUACUUACUUACUUACUUAAUUAAUUAAUUAAUUAAUUACACAAUUUAUAUAGCACUUAACUACAAUCAUCUCUACAGGGACGCGGGUGGCGCUGUGGGUUAAACCACAGAGCGUAGGACUUGCCAAUCAGAAGGUCGGUGGUUCGAAUCCCCGCGACAGGGUGAGCUCCUGUUGCUCCGUCCCUUGCUCCUGCCAACCUAGCAGUUCGAAAGCACGUCAAAGUGCAAGUAGAUAAAUAGGUACCGCUCAGGCGGGAAGGUAAAUGGCGUUUCCGUGUGCUGCUCUGGUUCGCCAGAAGCGGCUUAGUCAUGCUGGCCACAUGACCCGGAAGCUGUACGCUGGCUCCCUUGGCCAAUAAAGCGAGAUGAGCGCUGCAACCCCAGAGUCGGCCACGACUGGACCUAAUAGUCAGGGGUCCCUUUACCUUUACCUUACAAUCAUCUCUAGUGCUGUACAAGAAAUAUAGGACAGGUGAAGAAUUGGGGCGGUUGUUGUUACUGCACUAUUUAUUGCAGAUUCUGGAGUGAUUUUAUCUGGUCCCUGGUGGCUCUCCAUGUUUUAAUUGCUGUGUGGUAAAAUGUUUGCUCACAGCUUUACACAUAUAUAGAAAAGAGAAUGAUAUUUCUGGUGUUGUGUGUUUGUGAAAGAAGACCCUACAUUUUAAUGUUAAAUCUCAGUUGGCAUUUUUAAAACCCAGACUUACAGCUGUUUGGAUGGUGAUGAUGGUGGUAGUGAUGAUACCACCUAAUGUAUGUGCUUCCAAACUGUAAAGCUCUUUACUUCAGAAAUGGUGCCUAUUUUAUUAUAGUGCCUGUCAUCUUGUUAGCAGGUUGGCUUGCAAAGCAAAGUACAAUUCUGUCCCCAAGACCAUUGCCUGGAAAACAUCGCUGCUCUGUUGCAUCUGACCACAUGAGAUACAAAUGGCUAUAGGACAGGGAUGUGGAAGCAGAUAUUUGCCUGACUCCCUGUCUUUCCAUCUGCUUGUUUGUUUUGCUUGUUUGAGAUAUGAUAGCUCCAUGAUGUGAAUUUCCCACAUUCACACACACUUGGGGUGGGGGUGGAGGGAUAGAUAUCUACCAUUCCAACCUACAGAGUACUAUACUGUUACAGCCAUGAUCUUUGAUAGACCUUUCUUGCCCUCAUAUUGCAAUCCCGUCACAUGCCUAUUGUGAUGCUCACCACACUUCACCAACAGAGAGAAGCUCUAAGGGUGCGGUGGUUUGGUUUCCUUUGGAAGGAGGACACUGAAGGCCUAUUGGCAUUGUGUAAUAUUUGCACUACUUUACAAACACACAGGUCAAGCAUAGGUGGAGGCUUGUGUUAAAAAUUCCAGCAGGCAGCCAAGGUCCAUUGCUCCAGGGAGGCAGCCAGCACCCUGAGAUGUUUAUGGAGACCAAACUCAGCUCUCUCUGGGUGCUUCCAGAUGAUCUCUUUAUUAAAAGAGAUUAACCCUCUUCUGAGCAAAUAUCCAAUUUUACAGCAAUAAAUUUUCAGUCAGAUUUAUGGUGCUAUAGCAGAGACGAACUGCUGCAGGUUUUGCUAGUGCGUUUUCACACAUUAACAUAUUUCAGACACAUCAUUCAAAUCCAGAGAUCAAGUACCCCAAUUUGGAAUUUCCCUACUUAGAUACUGAAAUGAAAGCUACCUGAAAUGGAAUGCCGUUUAAUAUGCCAUUGGUAGGCCAAAACUAAUAUUUGAUUAAACUGAAAUUGACACACCAAGCAGUACUAUUGAGUUCAAGGUAAAGGAGCACAGUACGGUCCCUAAAAUCUUCUGCCACUAUACACCUCAACCUUUUGUAGUUUAUAAAAAUGACACCUGUUGAGCUAGUGACUUAUAGCUAGGCAAACAUGUUCUACUUGAUGAGGUCUACAAAUGUUUGAGAUUUCAAACUGAUCCAAAAAAAUGGUCACAUGUACAGCAAGAUUUAAAGUGCUGAAUAUGGACAUGUCUCCUCUUUUUACUCCAAUUUUUGAACAACCAUACCAUAUAUUGCUUUGCUAUUUUGGUAAAAACCACUGAUGUGCUUGAUUCAAGCUUAUCAGGGAAAGCAAUCUUUCACUGGCCUUGUGAGGUUCUGAACAUGUGGACGGAAACGAGAACUGAAAACUGCCCUGUGCCCUCUUGAUGAAGGGCAAUUUUUUUUUAAAAUUCAUAAUAAUAGCUACAGCCUAUGGGAAUAAGACUUGGCCUUAUGUUAAUUUCUCCUAACUCUUUCUCCGAAAUAACAGCGCUAUGUGAAGGGGGAUAAUUUUCAGUGCCAUUGUGAUGGCAUUCUCUUGGGCCUUUUGGUUGUCAGUGAUGUAUCCUCACGGCAAAUUGCUCUAUGAAUUAGUUAUCACUGAGAGAAGAAUUGGCAUAGUUCCUACUAGAAAGUGUUUGGGAGCCCCCAACUGGGUCUUCCAAGCCCCCUCUAGGUGAAUGUCUGACUCAUGAAGAUACUUAAGUUUGGACAUAUUGAGGUAAAUAGUUAUUUGGUGCCUGACAUCAUUCGUGUCUUAAUGUCUAGUAAACUUAGUUGAAGGACUGGGUGUUUUUUCCUGAACUUUGGCCCUGUUGUAGUUCUAGUUAUUUCUGCUGAAUGGAUCUAGUUGCUGGGUGUAUGAAUGGAGGCUCACUCACAAUGGCAAAUGCAUCUAUCAAUUUUAGUAGAGUCCAAAUACGUGAUAUAAACACGCAAUAGAAAACAAGCUCGGGAACUACUGACACAAUAAAUAUUUUUUUGCCAUUGAAAGCACUAUUUUUAAAGGAUUAGAUCAGUUGUCACUAAUGGUAUUUGUCAGUGUGAAAGAGGGUGUAUUUAUCGCCCCGCCAUCUGACUACAUUUGUAUCUUUGUUUGAAAUCCCUGGGAGUUAAACUGCUUGCUGAAGUAAUGCAGUAAUGUUUUGGGUGUCUCAAUGCAGCUAAAACCAAGCCCUCUUUCCAGCUCUGCUGAAAUCACAUUGCUAAAGCCCCCAUGGGCAUUGCUGCACUUCCAGUAAUGAGUAUCAUUAGGUAACACUUCAAGGUGCUUGAUUACAGGAUAUGAUCCAUCCUAUCUGAGAGCUGCCAGACACUGCAUACAUACACACUAGAUCUUUAAACUGUAUCCUUCAAAGUACAUUCCUCUCUUAUAGAAUCCUGGGGAACUAUAGUUUGUUGAGGGUGCUGAGAAUUGUAGCUCAGCGGGGGUUAAGCUACAGUUCCUAGGAUUCUUUGGUGAGGCGGAGAAAUGUGCUUGUGUUCACAGUGAAGAAGUGCGCUUUGACACAUGUGUCAGGCAGGACAACAGGGACUGAAAAGUGCAGUCAUAAUAGAUGUAGCAUGAUAGACAUGUAUAUCACUUCCUUCACUCUUUUUUUAAGAGGAAAAGCAAGUGCAGCUGCAACCAGGAGCGGAGCAACUGUGGAAGGACCAGCUGCGAAAACCUUUCUUCUCCAUCUGCUUUCCUGCUCAAAAUCAAGUUCUCUCUUCCACCUCCUGGGGGAAAUGGGUGGAUCAUUUCUGUGUGGGUGGAGAAGCAACUGGGAAGCCAUUUUGAGUGUGUGUGAUUGGGAAGGAAUAGUCACAGGGGACCUAAGCAGCUUCUCCCCCUGAUUUGCCCUGCUGCCGGGACCAAGCCCUUCAGCCGGCCAAUAGGGCUGGCUGGUGGGCGGGGUUAGCUGCAUUUAAGCAGCCGCAGCAGCGCUCUGUCCCCAGUCUGUUCCACAACAGCAGCAGCACUGAGCUCAUUGAGACAGGAACAUGGGGAGGCAGCAGUGAGGUAGGGGAAGGAACACAGGGUGGAUGCAGCAGGGUGGAUGGGAACUAUAGCUCAAAAUAGCUAGAGGUACCAGGCUGGCAAAAGCUGCUUUAGGCACACACACCCAUCCUGAUAUGCAAGGUACCUUCCUCAUCACCUUUUGUGUUUCCAGAGCCCAUUUUGAGCGGUCUGAUGAUUUCUCCAGAAGGCUUCCAGGUGCAGACUUACGCACGAGAUUGCCUUGUCCCUUCUGUGAAUGGGGGAAAGCUCAGAAAAGUGCAGGGGAGAGCACAUUUGAGUUGUUUGCUUCCACAUUACUCGGCUCACGAGAGUAGAAAGUUCAUGUGAGUAAUUAUUUCUGGAAGCAAGCAGCUGGCUGAUUAUUAACAUAGACUCACAGAGAAAUGUCCGUGCUACCAUUCAUGCAUUAUGAGGUAAUGCUGCUCCCCGCUGACACAUAGAUUAGUCUUCAUUUGAGGUAAGGCAGGAUGAGGGGGGGGAGAACACAUGAGAAGUGACCAUGUAUGGAUAUGUAGAUUCCAUAUGUUGAUCUAAUGAACAGAUUGCCUAAAUUUGGAGGAGUAUUCAGGACAUGGGGUAUAUAGAAGUGAGCCAAUAUUGGCUGAAUCAUGAAAGGAAAAGUAAUAAGAAUCUCAGGUGAUUGAAAAGUUGUUUGUAUUACAGCAUAGAAUUAAUUUGCAAACUUGAAAUCUACGGUAUAUGUAUGUAAGUAUAGUCUUGGGGAAAGGUUUCCUCAUUUUACAUGCAUGGCUCAUUAUAUUUCCCCAAGAUUCUUCCAGGGAGGGUGGUUGAGGAGCUGCAAGAUGUUGUGGACCUUUCUCUCCAUGGACAGAGGGGGAAGUCUGGGGGUACAGCCUGGGCCUCAACAGUACAGUACCAGAAAGCUCCACUUCUAGUGCAGCAGGGGCAGAAAUGAGGCAUGUUGGGGGCAGAUGUCCUGAUGUAGCCCUGGAGAAGACAAAAAAACCAGCCAGCCCUGGUCAUCUAAUCCAAACCCCUCCAGUGCAGGAAUCUUUUGCUCAAUGUGAGGCUCAAACAACCCAUGACCCUGAGGUUAAAAGUCUCAUGCUCUGCCAACUGAGCCAUCUGCCUGCUAGCUUCUAAAAUGUUAUCUGUAUGUGUCACACAUGGAGACCAGAACACUGGUGGAGGGGCCUGCCCAGUCUCCUGUUCAUUGGACCAGUCCAAAUACUGAGCUUUAAGUACAGAUGGGAGCACAUUAUUGCCUUCAGUAAUAUGUGUGAAGGAAUGAUGCUUCUUGUAUGUGUGUGGCAUUCACCUAGGUGUGUCAUUUCAUAGAUGCUUAAGUUAGUAAGUAACAAUGCAAACAAUUUUGUAUUGAUCUGACUCAUAAUUUUUCCAACAUAAAAUAAUAGGCAAUUUAUAUACUGGUUUUCUUAAGGCAUUGGUUGGUUUACUAAUCUCAUGAGACUCUGCUAAUCUUAUUUUGUGACUAACCAAUGUUAUAUGAUCACAGCCUCACUGAGUGAAUAAGUGCAGUUUUAAAAACUGUGGAAAAACUAACUGUUCAUGUCCCUGCUUUAUUAUAAGCAUCUUAUUUUUUAGCUUAAAUAUUAAAAUUCAUUCAUUACAGCUGCACCCAUUGUUUGAUCUGAUCUCUUUGCAAGCCUGGAAUUAGCUACGUUGAAAGGGUAGGUAUUAGUCUUUUUUGUACUUCAUGACAAUUCAAGGAAUCUCCCCUUAAGUACCUUGUAUUUGUGAGCUUGAAUCUGGCCCAACAUGCUUCAUGUUGAAUGCCUUGCCUACUUGCAGGUGUUAAAGUGGAACUGCUCUUAAUGAUAGCUUAGAGGUUUCGGCCAGCAACGAAUGCGUCAGCCUGCCUCCCCAUAGGAGUGAGUCACUGGAAGCUUAUUAUGUCAGUACUUCAUUAUCUGCAUUGUCUCCUAUUGUCUUCCUGGCACAAUUCAAAGUUUGAAAAAGAAGGAGGAGGAAAGCCAUAGAUCCCUUAAAGCCUUUGAUCCAACAUAUCUAAGGGACCACCAACUCUCCAUGAUGGUCUGGAAAAAGCCAUUUUGAACUGGCCAUUCACAUGGUAGGGCCAGAUCGCAUCUCUGUGCAUUAUUCCCGAUGCCAUGCCCCAACUGCAGGCCCAUAUGCUGCCUUCCUAUAGCACCUCCUGUCUUUUGUACAUGUAUUGUCCAAGUGGCCCUAAUCAUGGUUCAGCAUUCCAGUGGCACCCAUCUAAACAAUGUCUAACACUAGCCAGAGUUUUAUGUUUUAAGGUUAGAGCUAACCAUGGUUAAGAUUAAUGCCAGUGAAAAUGGUACCCAAUUUUAAAAGGCAGGGAGAGUGUGAGGGAAGUUUGUGUGCAAGAACAGAGAAACUUUGAGGAGGGAAUGUACAUAGGGCAUGUACACACUGCAUGAUAGCGUGCAUUCAGUGCUGAAGGCUCUUUUAGAGCCUUUUUGUGGUGCUCUAAACAUGAUGUCACCCCCAUCCCACACUAUCUGUCAAUCUAAAAAUGCAUUCUUCUGAAAAGUUUAAUGUGUACACAGAGGGCACUUUCUCAGGUCACUUCCCAUUGGGCAGACCUUCUGACAUUGCAGGGCUGUGGUGCUCUGCCUCGCCAUGUUUAAAUGGUUUAUGAAUAAAAUAGGCAAAAUAGGAGGUGACUGAGCUGCCUCUGUGUACUGAUUUACAGUGGUACCUCGGGUUAAGUACUUAAUUCGUUCUGGAGGUCUGUUCUUAACCUGAAACUGUUUUUAACCUGAAGCACCACUUUAGCUAAUGGGGCCUCCUGCUGCCGCUGCACCGCCACCACACAGUUUCUGUUCUCAUCCUGAAGCAAAGUUCUUAACCCAAGGUAAUAUUUCUGGGUUAGUGGAGUCUGUAACCUGAAGCGUAUGUAACCUGAAGCGUAUGUAACCCGAAGUACCACUGUAUAUCCUCUGUACACCAGUAUAUCCACACACUCAUUUCAAGCCCCUCUUUUGAAAGACUACAGUUUUUAAAAAGACCUGUGGAAACACUAGUUGAGGGGAAGGGAACAGAAAAGACGACUGUGUACUAGUCUGAAAUUUUGCCCACCUGUGUAUACAGACAACAGGGAUAGCAGUUGCAACUUUAAAUGACAUCAUCAUGAGAAGGAGUGUACAAUUGCAAACUGCUAUGUACAAAGUGCACUGUGGAAAAAAUGGCUCCAUGUGUACACAGGCAUAGUCUGUUCCCAGUCCCGUAAUAAUUGUUAAAAUGUUUUUCAGAGAAUUAAAUCUGCCCAGGCCCUCAAUAGCAGUAGCAUAAGUAUAGAACUUCCUUCCCAUGUGGCAGAGAUAGCCACUGUGUUGCUCUCCAGAGGUUUGACUACAUUGCCCAUCAUCCCUGAGGGCUGAUGGGACUUGUAGUCCAACAUGUGGAAGGCCGCAGGUUCCCCACCUUGCACUACAGAGUGUGUAGAUGGCUUUAAAAUUAAUUUCUUCUAUACAGUUUAUAUAUAUACACACACACACAUAUACAGUGCCUUAAUGAACAGUAACCUUGAUGCAAAUCUCAAAGCAGAGCAUUUUUCUUUUAGGAUGUAAGCAACCCAAUUGCACGUCUCCUCAAAUGGACAUGUUGGUGCAAGCUCACUCUACUCACCAGAAGAGAUGCUUCAUUCAGAAUAGUUUCCUACAAGGAAAUAACUUUCUUAGGAUGUCAUAUACUCAUCACUCGAGGCAGUGCAAACGUAGUUUUCCAACAGUAUAAAAAAGUGAUGUUCCUACAUAGAAUGAUAUUCUUGUAAGAAAUAUAAAUGUGUGCUGUCGCCCCACGGUUCAAAUUUUGACACAAGCUGAAGCUCUCCUUAUGCUGGUUGAUAAAGUGCCUGUACACCACUUGUCUGUUGUACGCUUUUUGACCAGCAUCUGGAAGUCCAAACUAACUUCGCUUAAAAGCAUUGGGUUUAAGGUGUGAGGAGAAAUACCUGCCAUGGCCCAUUCACACGUAGAAGGCAUCAACUGGCUUGCAGUUAUCAAGGGACCAGUAAGUAGGGGGUUGUUCCCGGCCUUAGCUAUUGCUAAGCAUGAUGAAAGGUGCACUUUUUUCUCUCUUUUACGCAAUCAUCCGGACACACAUAGUACAAGCAGAAUCCAAAUACUGGUCGUUUUGUUCAUUUUCAUGGUGCUUCUCCUGACUAAGUUGUGGGUUCUCUUUUGCAAAUAGAAGAGGAAGGGCAAAACAGCAAAGAAGUUGUUCUUACCCUGUUUAUAGUCUGGCUAGAAACAGCAGGUAUCUUGUUUGAGAGUCUGCCCUACAUUUAUUUACAUUCUCUAUCCAGCAGUGAAAAAUGGCGCCACAUCUAUUUACAUCACUUAAGGGUCUCACUCUCUGGAGCAGCAGAUUGUUUGAGUCUCUCUUUUAGGCACUUUUCAGAAGUCCAAUAAGCUGAAUGAGUUUGGUAUUUCACUGGUUCAAGUUUAGGCAAGGGCACGAAGAAAAAAAUGUGUUCUGCAUGGUUAGGAAAAUUCUACAAAUAUGUCUUUUCCACUGGAUUUUCAACCACUUGAGGUAAGACACCGACACCUUGACUUUCUAGUCUACUGCAAUACCUCCAGAUCCAAGUGAUAACCAACCAGCCAAAAACACCCUGGGUCUGAAGUAAUUUGGGUGUACAAUAUUGCAAUGAUAAUACAGUAUAGAAACAGGAAACUUCCAAGAAGGUCAACACCCAUCACUACUUCAGGCCCAGAUUCGAAAUGUGAACAAGCUGUGCACCUAACUGCAGGAAAGACCAUGGGGCAUCUCUUCUUCCUCACCUUCCAGAGAUUGUCCUAGGUAAUUGUUAGUUAAACCAGUGACAACAAAUAAUGAAAUCUACUGACAACUGGUCCUGUAUAGGUCCUCUUGAAAUGAAUUCCAAAGGUAGGAGUUUUGUGAAUUGCACCUAUGUAAUAAGAAGAACACUCUAGAUCAAACUUCCUAAUGUUUAGUUGGAAUCUCCUUUCUUGUAAUUUGAAUCCAUUGGUUCAGGUCCUACCCUCUGAAGCAGAAAUAAAAAAGCUUGUUCCAUCUUCCAUGUGACAGCCCUUCAGAUAUCUGAAGAUGGCUAUCAUUAGCGUUGGAAUAAUAGGCAUGCAUUUCAAGCAAAUAUAGACUCUUCUUUAGCAUUGCUUCAUAAGGCCUGUUUUUGUACUUUUCAUAUACUACUUACCUCUUCAUAUACUACUUACCUAAGUCCUAAGAGCAUCAUCAGAGGCCGUUCUCUGAGCUUCCCAGCAAGCUGUGAUACAGCGGGUGGUCAAAUGAGAAAGGACCUUCUUUGUACUGGCCCUUGGUUGUUGAAUGCUCUAUCCAGAGAGGCUUGCCUGGCACCUACUUUAUUAUUAUUAUUAUUAUUAUUAUUAUUAUUAUUAUUAUUUUGCACCAAAGAUCUUUGAUCUGCUCAGGCCUUUUAAACUCUGUACUUGUCUUAUGUUGUCUUAUGUUGUGGUCAUUAUAAUUCUGUGGAGUUCAUAAGUUUUUGUUUUUUUUUUGUAUAUUUUAGAGAUUGCUAUGAUUUUUAGACUCCCUGAUUUAAAAAUAAUUGUAUUUCCUUUUACCAUGUUUUAAGUGCUGUUGUGCAGAAUUUUCUUUCUCUGGAAUUUGCAUUAUUUUUAUAUGCCACCCAGAGAAUAGUUGUUAUUGGGCAACUAAGAAAUAGAACACACACAACAGGCUACAGCACACACAUGCUGCUGAGCCAAAAUGCUGGUUGACACAGUCCGGCUCAAUCUACUCUGACUGCAGCAGCGACAGUAGCAGCAUUCCAGGGCAAAAGUCCUACCCCAACUCUGCUACGGGAAAUUAUGUUAACUGGGAAUGGAAGGGAAUGAGAUUGAAUCAUGCAAAAAAUGUAGGGUGUAUAAUUGAGUUUGGGCCCCUCCCAAAAAGGUGCAGUCCUCUUUUCCUUGGUUUCUCAUACUCACUGUGCAAAUUUAUUUUUUAUGGCUUCCUUCUUCAUUUCCCUAUAUGUGAGCCAGUCCUGGGAAAGAAUCAGCUUUUUUCUCACAUGCAUCUUAAAGGGAGAAGCAGUCAAAUGCACAUGCAUGGCACAUUUUUGACAUAGCACAUAAAUUUACAAAUAAACAAACAACACCAGGUGACAUCAGGUGUGGGGCAGGUAGAGGGGCAGCUACCAAUGCAUGAUUGGAUGCCCUAAAGUCAGUUUGCCCAGUCAUCUGAUGUCACUGGGACUUCGGGUGAAUUUGGCCCACAAGACUACUGAUAAUGAUCCGGCACACAGAGCCAAAAGGGCUUUCCACCCACAUUCAUUAGGGUAUCGUACUAUAACAAAUGGGAGGUGGGACAUAAUUAAAUAAAUCAAUUUAAACUGCAAAAAGGUGUGGAAAGGGCUAAAAUGGUGUGAAAAGAGCGGGAAAUCAGCUAGCAAUCCUGGGAGCCUUUGCGCCAACCUUUGAGGAAUGCGGAGAGCUGGACUGAGAGCCACCAUCGCCACCAUUCAUGCCAGUCUGGUAAGUGCUACUGGCUUUUUUAAAGGGUUUUUUAAAGGUUUUAGAGGGUGUUGACAGGCUUUUUAGCUGGUGUUCCCCAAUAAAUGCAAUUUCACAUAUACGCUCGGUACCCGGGAAAAUAACUGCCCUUCAUCUGAGGAUUACACAGUGGUUUACGGUAUAAAAACACAAAAAUACAUAAUGUAAUAACAAACAAAACAAUACCCUACCACUGUUUAAAAGACCAUAGAUUUUUUUAAUUAGCCGAAGACCUGGGAGAAGAGGAAUGUUUUUGCCUGGUGCCUGAAUAUAUGCAACGAAAGCACCAGGUAAGCCUCCCUGGGGAGAGCAUUCCACAAAUGGGAAGCCACCACACAGAAAAGGCACCUGUAAUGUUUAAUAAAAGAAACACAUAAUGUCACAUCAUCGGAUCCACCAUUUUCCUACCCUCACUCAGAUUCAUUGAAUGCACGCUUGCAGGGAGAGAAGUGCUGACUACAAUCAUGUUGUGCGGUGCCAUUUCUCUUAUAGCCCAACACCCUAAUAUGAACUACAGUGGUACCUCGGGUUAAGUACUUAAUUCGUUCCGGAGGUCCGUUCUUAACCUUAAACUGUUCUUAACCUGAAGCACCACUUUAGCUAAUGGGGCCUCCCACUGCUGCCGUGCCACCAGAGCACGAUUUCUGUUCUCAUCCUGAAGCAAAGUUCUUAACCCGAGUUACUAUUUCUGGGUUAGCGGAGUCUGUACCCUGAAGUGUAUGUAUCCCGAGGUACCCCUGUACAUCAGAGAUAUGUCAUGAAGAUGUGUGUACUCAUAUAUUGAACGUGCUAAGGAGACGGGGGAGUGGUGAGGAUCAGCGGCUUCCACCAUAUGUCUCUGUAUACAUGAAGGCCCCUUUAGAAAGAUUGUCCUAUCUGGUGAAACUUCAGUUGUUUUGGACUACAACUGCCUUCUGCCCCUGUUGCAGCCCCAAACAUCUGGAGGGCACCAGGAUGGCGGAGGCUACUGUAGAGCCUACAAAAUCACAAUAUCAAACAAAUCAUUACUUAGAAAAUGUAAUUUUUAUGUGGAAGAAAUUCACAGAGAACAUACAUGUUGUAGCAGCUGUGAUGACAGUAUACUUUCCACUGGGUGGGAAGCAAGCAUAUCAAGAGGGGAAAAACAUCUCCUGGGUCUGUUGUUUCUCUGGCCUGCUAUACGUUGUGAUAUCUUAGGGGUGCUGGAAAGGGUUUUCAGAGAGUGUCCAUUUAUACCAGAUGUAACCACUCCUUAAAGAGACAUAAAUAGAUGAGAUAUACACCCCGAGGCCUGACUCUUUGUGGCAAUAAAGAUUUCAUCACACAUUAUAGGGCAGAUGGGUGUUAGUUCAUUGAGAGUUCUGGCUUGUAGCAUAGAUUUGUUUAGUUACCAUUUUUGACCUCUGCACCAUCACUGGAACAAAUGGCUUUCUGUAGGCUGAUUCUCAUGUUGCUCCUUAAAGAUAUUAGCAUAGUGUCAUAGACUCAGAGGGCACACUCCGGUGUGAAGGUAUGUGAGAACCGAGAGUGAGAAGUGCCAAGAGGCAAGCCUGUCUUUGACAGCUAUUGCAAGCAUUAAUACUUUGGGCUUACUGGGCAUUUAAUUAUUCGCACAAGUGAUCUGUUCAGGUCUGUUCACAUGAACAGGGGAAUAUGUUAUAGCAGGGGCGCCAGGGUGGUGCUGUCUGUAUGGACCCUAAUCAGCUGCAGCCAGCAUGGUCAAUAUUCAGGGAUGGUGAGAUGCUUACUCCUAGGUAAGUGUGUACAAUGGGUUGUACAAUCGCCAUCCUUGAAGACAAAAGCUGCAUGCCUGUGUAUACUUAAGCUCUGUUAGACUUAAGAACAAACAUUUAAAGGAUUAAGCUCUUAGGAACCAAAGGAAGCUGUUUUGCAUCAAGUUAGAUCAUUGCUUGAUUGAGCUCAGUAUUGCCUACACUGACUGACAGAAGCUCCUUCUGGUUUCAGGCCGUGGUCUUUCCCCAUCCUACCAGGAGGGCCAGGGAUUGAUCCUGGGGCCUUCUGCAUGCGCAAGGUGUUCUCUGCCACUGAUAUACUGUUCUGCAAGUAGUUGUGAGAAGUUCCCACAUAGAGAGAGAACCACAGGCUAUGCUAAAUGCUCCUUAAGUGCAUAUCUCCUUGGUAGUAAAGCUACCAUAAUAACUAUCCCUACAUAGAAAUGAUUAUCUUAGGGCAAUUUGUGUUUACUUGGAACCUUCUUCCUUUAGAUAUAGGAACAUAUAGGGAAGGGUUCGUCAACUGGUGGCCAGGAGAUAGACAGUUCCAAUUGCACGGCAUAAAGCGUCUCCUUCUGAAUGUCAGAAGGAGCGACAUUUGAGACUUCAUUAGUUUCCUUGAUUGGUAUGUUCUGCACCUGAUAAUUAGGUCUGAAGAUCUGAACCUCCCCUGGCAGCCUUGGAGAAGUUGCUUGGGAACAGCAGCUUACCAGAAAGCAACAUAAGCCUUUUAAUAUAUAAAUAGCUUGGGGGCAGUCCUUCUCUGACACGCUGUUGACCCCAUUCUGCCAACUGUUUUCUCAUCUCAGAGAAAUUGCUGAUUUACAUUAUUAAACCAGUUCUCUGGAUGCCUCCAUCUGCAUACUCAUCUAGGACUAUUGUAGGUUAUGGGUUUUAAAGGACAUUUUUAUUUUGAUAACCUUGUGGUCAGUGUUAUUCAUCUUCUAUGCGUUCAGCAUAGAAUCUGUUUCUGGAAUCUUAAAAAUCUAGGUGAGCCUUAUCAAAAUAAUUCCCUCCCUGGCCCUUAGGACUAGCCAGCACUUUCUGUAAUAAACAUAAGUAAAUAAAAAAACAACCCCAUGCGUUCUUAGCCUUGCCAGCUUUCCCAAAUGUUUAUAACUGGAAUAGAUAAUGCAGGUUAAACAUUUGUGCCAAUUUUUUUAUUUACAUGAUUUAUUCCAAGCACAGAACUUGGAGUUCCCAAGCAGGCAUUUGAUUUGCUUAUUUCCACCUACCCCACCGCAUUGUUCAGGCCAGUUUAAUUGUGAUGAAAGACUGAAUUUGGAGACUCACUUCUGCUGAGUUGGCAUCAUUAGGCACCUGCUGAGUCCCAUGCCUUAGUGGGGGCCCACUGCCAAUCCUGGGUGUCUCCUGUCCCCAUGAUCCUCCGUACUUGCUGCUGUCGCCUUGUUCAUCUGCUCCCUCCAAGUGAGGAGGAAAAAGAAGCACCACUAACCUCAUUCUGCCCUGUCCUCUCCCUUUGGGAGGUGUUGCCUGUGAAGCUCAGAGAAAGGCAAGUGAAUGGGCACAGGCAAAUUGCAAUGGUGGCUGUGGCUUAGCAUGGGUUGCCAGCACCCAGAGUUGAACAGAGGGGUGGGUGCGAGAGAAACAGAGAGAGUACACAUGCACAUUCAACUGCCUAACAGUGUCCAGGUCACCCAGGAGAUUGCAGCCGCAAAGAUAAGAAAAGAAGAGUCCUUCUGUUGUCUGGAGAGGUCACUUCCUGGUUUGCAUGGAGAAGCUAUUUUCAAUGGAACCCAGUGACAGAAGCUGUAUUAAGGCAGUACUGGGUGUUGAAAUUUUGCACCUGGGGCAACCUGCUCUGUGGUCCCCUUGCUACAAGAAGAUGGAGGAGGGGGUCCCACUCAAGAAGCGGGAGGAGGGGACGAUUAAGAGCCCCUCACCCAAAAGGCCUCCUGUUUCCAAAUCUGCUUUUUGUUUCUACGCACUUGUUCAUGAACACAUAUCUUUUAUGUGUUCUGGUGAAAAAGCUAGUGUUGGGAAAUUGGUCAUACUGGUCUUGGAGUCUUUACAUGAGAACGUUGGGAACAAAAGUAGAUGCAUGGGCUUUGGUAGCCUUGCUUACUUUUGUGAGGGGGUUGGGGUGGGGUGGAAUCCAGCACUGACUGUGAGCCAGAGUCUUAAGGUCUGACUUUUACUACUGGGAAAGUGAAAGAUUUGUGAAGGGUAAGUGGUUACACACAAAGUAGUAGUCUUCUUGCCUCAUGAGAGCUAGAGGUGGGCAGGAAAAUACAGGAGGCAGAGAGAAAGUGAAUCACAGUGCUUACUUAUCCCGGGUGGAAAUAGAAUGGAUGCUCUGAUGCCAAGCCUUUGGAAUUUUUUCUGCAACUGGCAGGUGCACCGUCAUGACUAGGUUUAGAGGCAGUGCUCCUCCCCCCCCCCAUACAUUUUGCAACCUGAGGUAAAGGACAAGAUGGUUUCUUCCACCAAUUGCACAUACAAAUGCCAACCAGACAGAUACUUGACUCUUACUUGUGCCUUCCACAGUACCUCAGAGCUACCUUAGAGAGGACAAGGUGGACCAUGUGGCACACAUAGCUCUGUUUGCUCUGUCUUGUUCCCUGUCCCUCCCAGUAUCUGCUGUCUGAAAAUGUCAGGCAAGCCAUAAAGGUGACUUGGGAGCAGUAACUCUUUCAGCCACGCUUACCUCACGGGGUUGUUAUAAGGACAAAACGCCGGCACGGGAACCAUAUAUGUAUGAUGUCUUGAGCCUUAUUGGAGGAAAGGUGGCUUAUGCAUUCAGUAACAAAUUGAAACAAAAUAAGAAUCCAAAGAACUGAAGGGUUUACCAAGAAAGAUAUGAAGAAAACUCUGACUUAAGAGCUGAUACUAUUUAACACAGUAACUCCGCAUUCCAGGCAGACUGUGCCAAAGUCAGUAAAUUCCAGCAAUAUCAAGUGCUAGUGAAUGCUAUAGCCGUUCCUCAUCCUUUCUUCCCAUGGUGCCUAAACACAGUGAAAAGCUGGGUGGAUUCUUAUCAGAGCAGCUGGAUAUUUGGAACUGUUAUACCAACAAACCUUUCCUUCAGCUUCACCUCGAGCACCCUCUGCUGGAGAGCUGUUCAUUUUCUGUCAAUCAACCGAAGCCCAUGCUUCUUUUUGGAAUGAUACAGUCUCAGCAUUCUGUCUUCUGCCCCUUCUCAGCUGGCCUAUGUGCUUAGAAACAUUAUUUCACUAAAGCUGUUUGUUGUGUCUGUUUAGCUCAGUGCCUAUCCAACCUUUUCUGAUCCACAAACAAUGUGAUGUCAAGCUGGCUAUGCAUAUGGUGGGAAUACCAUGCUGUGUAUAUGAAGUGAAAUAAAGAACUCAUUCAGAUAUGCAUGUUUAUUGCUUGAAGAAUGCAAUAUUGAGUGAUGACCUGCAUGUGUGAAUGAGCAAUCACGGAUCAGACAAAGCUGUUGUAUCACCUGACCUCACUCAAGUGGCCAAUAGCCAGGUGCAAAAUGUGAAUUUCAAAUGCCAUAAUUAGGAUGAAAGCUCAAUAAGCAGGUCAUCUAGAAGUGUCAUGUAUUGUUGUUUUAAGCACUGAUCAUAAGGGAAGAAACUCUUAGGGCCAGUUUUCCAUGUUUACUAACAUCAGGUGCAAAAUGUACUCAAAUUAACUCAAAUUAACAUAUCAAACCACAUACAAACACAAAUUGAAGUGGUGGAAAAUCAUGAAGCACAUACAUUUUAAAUAGAUGGGCAGGUUUCGCUGCAAAACACACAGGAGCAGCAAUCAAGUUUAAUUUCCAUGUGAAAUCCAGCCAUUUAAAUGUUCAUGAGCCAUUCACAGUUGAGGGUGCUCACUGUGCAUAUAUAUCUUACCAGUUAAAAAUGGGUCCCUUUUACACUUGAAGUGUGACUUGUCCCUUAAAUGCUGUGGGAAGGGCAGGGAUAUGAAUCAAGUCAGAUAAGGAUGAAGAGACCCAGCUUUCAGAAAUACAUACAGUGGUACCUCGGGUUACAUAUGCUUCAGGUUACAGACUCUGCUAACCCAGAAAUAGUACCUCGGGUUAAGAACUUUGCUUCAGGAUGAGAACAGAAAUUGUGCUCUGGUGGCAUGGCAGCAGUGGGAGGCCCCAUUAGCUAAAGUAGUGCUUCAGGUUAAGAACAGUUUAAGAUUAAGAACGGACCUCCAGAACGAAUUAAGUACUUAACCCGAGGUACCACUGUAUAGGCAAUUUUAGUCACCAAUUGAUGAGGCAGUUUUGCCACAUCAUUUGGUAUAUCUGGCUUCUUGACAAAACCCUCUUGAUUGUGACCUUUUGCUGGGAUUAAGAUAAGUAGGCAUGGCAUACUGGAGCAGUGUAAUAUUUUGAGUCAGCUACUUUAUAUAUAUAUGAAAUAGCUUGAGUUUGGCACAUACAGACAUUUCCCUUGCUAUAGUAUACUGAAGGAAGAACAUACUGGGUUUCUUAGUUAAAUUGAUAGUCAAUUCUGAAACAUAGCUGUCAAUGUUUCCCUUUUUUAAAGGGAAAUUUCCUUAUUCCGAAUAGGAUUCCUCGCAAGAAAAGGGAAAAGUUGACAGCUAUGCUCUGAAAUAUCCCUGAUGAGUCUCCCAGGAUCCAGUUUUACAAGCUCUCAAAUGUUCCAGAUUCCCCUCAAAUAAUCUAAAGGCUCAUGGAGACAAUUCUACAAUUGUACAAUGCAAGGCUGGGGAGAACUUGGAUUUCUUUAGGAAGAGGGCAUGUUGCACUGGAGAGAGACAGAAGGGCAAUUGAAUGUGAUCAUAUUGGACACCAUAAAAGAAGACGUGGCGGUCUGUGGUUUUAAGUUCACAUAGCUUCACACAUGUAUCUUAACAUGUAUCUUUCUUUCCACUAGUAAGUAGAAACUUAUGGGCUUGCUGCAUAUUCCAUGCAAACAUAAAUAGAUCCCCUUUUAAAAGGGAAAAAAAUACUUUGAGGGAAGAUUCUAAACAGAAAAAGGGCACAGGAAGAGUACUUAAUAUUUUCCUUACUAACUAUUUCGGUUUUUGUUUUUAUCAUUAUGACACCCCUCUGUGUGUUUGUGCAGGAUAGCUUGGGUAUGAGGGAAUAGAGCACUGUAUGUAGUCAUGGGAGCAGAUUUCUAUUCCCAGUAAAGUUUCUUUCACAACUGAAAAAGCGCAUCUAUUCACAGGUUUCAAUUACAAAAGCACCCAGACUACUUUAUUUUAUUUUUAUUUUAUUUUUUGCAGAAAGGCCUGGGCUAAAAGUACUGGCGACUCAAGCUUAUAAUUUUGUCCAGUGUUAUAGCACUGAAAACCCUUCAUUUACUCCUUUGCUUUUAUGUGGGAAUUUUUUGUGCUUUGUUUUGUUUUUGUCAAUAGGAUCAGGGAAGACCAAGAGGGUCACUUAGGCGUCUAGAGGGGGUAAGCAAAACACCAGCAUGUUUUAAAGCAGAGUGGCUCUCAGGUGCUGUGGAGGAUAUAAGUGAGAUUCAACUAUCUGUCCAAUUGCCUUCUGUAUGUAGAAUUGGGUGUGUGUGUAUACGGUCUUGUCCUUUGCCUCAAACAGCAAAAUGUCUUGGGUUGGCCCUGCCUCUAAGCCUGGCCUAGCUAUUAGGUGCGCCUGCUGGUUACAGUGAAAAUCAGCACAUUUUUUCUGGGGGUAUUCAAGGGUAUGCAGUACCAGACCCCCCCACCUCCCCCCCCCUAAAUUUGUGUCAGAAAUGGACUCCAGGGCUGGAUGCUGCAUUAGUUUGACUUUGCCUCUCAAGGUGGUAUUCAGGGAAAACCGAUUGUUUUCAGUUGCCUAAAUCUGGACUAUUACACAAAUAGUGUCAUCUCUCAGGUUGUUUUUAUGGUGGCUUUAUGCUGCUUUUUGUGCUGGUCUGUUUCUGUUUUUCUCUUUGUUCUUCUUUUUUGGAAUCGAUUGGUUUUUGUGGCAUUAAUGCCAUAAACUGACAUAGCGGACUUUAUGAUAAAGAAAUGCCAUAAAUAAACGAAACAUAACGCCUUCUUCUUGGAUGGAGCCUAUAUGUGCACGCAUGACAGCAAAAUCCACAAGACGGAGCAUGUCCCAUAUUACGUCAACUCCUGGGGUCAGCGGACAGGGCCUAGCUGUGAGUGGCCGGCCUGCUGACCACAAACAACUGGCCAUUUAUAUUUUCGGACCCCAAAGACACAAAUAAAGAGACAGAGGAAAAGGGACAGAAUGGUGUCUAUAAAUGGCAUGGUGAAAUAAACGUAUUAAAGGCCUCGCCUUGGUCCAGGGGAGAUUGGUCUGUUUUUCUGAAAUACAGAGGAGGAAAUGGCUAACUACCUCUGUAGGAGGUGGUUUUGGGACAGGAUCUUUCUGCUAAGGAAGCCACACCUGCAGCAAGACACCAAACAAACCUCAGCAGUAUUGUUUUUGUGGUCUGACAUUUAGGCCUGUGUCAUACAGAAAAAAGAAUGAAGAGGUGGAGAAGGGGAAGGUGGGGUGAAUAUCUGGCCCCAUUUAACCUCACAAGGUUGUCAAUAAGGAAUAAAAUAUUUUGUUUUUCUACAAUGGUUUUGGUUCAAAAAUAUCAACCUUUCUCAAUGGUUAAACCUGGAUCUCAAAAUGUAUCCAAAUCACUUUGACACAGCUUCCAUGUGGCAUUUGCUGUAUCAUUAAAAAAAAAACAACCAGCAAGAGAAGGUUAUUGUGCAUUAUUCUCCUACCAAAGUAGUAAAGAGAAGAAGAAGAAGAGGAGGAGGAGGAGUUUGGAUUUGAUAUCCUGCUUUAUCACUACCUGACGGAGUCUCAAUGCGGCUAACAUUCUCCUUUCCCUUCCUCCCCCACAACAAACACUCUGUGAGGUGAGUGGGGCUGAGAGACCUCAGAGAAGUGUGACUGGCCCAAGGUCACCCAGCAGCUGCAUGUGGAGGAGCGGAGACACGAUCCCGGUUCCCCAGAUUACAAGACUACCGCUCUUAACCACUACACCACACUGGCUGGGAAAAGCUGGGAGGAUCAGUGAAUCUCAACACAAACAUCUGAAGUCCUAGCCAAACUCUAUUCAGUGAUGUGAGGCAACUUUAGGCUGCAUUCUGUAAACUGAUAUUACCACACCUCAGCAGCGGCAAUGCCCUUAGGUGAAUUCAUAGGAUAAGCAAGAUGUCUUAAUUGUUUUUACAUUGAUUGGGGUUGGGUGGGAUCAUUUUACAACUGUGGUUGAAGAUACCCUGGACACUUUACAUGGGAGAUACAAUACAAGGGUAACACAUUGCAAAGACGCGAGAGGCACAGAAGUGGCAUGGAGAACAAGGGAUGAAUGUGAGCAAAUAAUACAGCCAUGCAUACUUGGGUGUUGUUUCAGUAGUGGUUGGUUGAGGUUGUGGGACGGUUGAAACCAGUUAUUUGGUUUCUUCCCCACCCUUUCUCCAAAAAACUCAGCAUGGCAUAUAUUGUGUGUCUCCUCUCAACAACCCUUCAAGUCUAAGGGAUAGUGAUGAGCCUAAGGUCACAAUCACCCACUUUUCUUUCUCCCCAAUUUAAGUCCAGCCUUCUAAGCACUAUCUGUUUAAGCAGGCUUAAGCUGGCUCCUUUGAGUGUCAACAUUUCUGAAUUUUCUUUGGAACGAUCAAAACUGAUCAAUAACAAUCCAAGUGACACCUUUUUCAUGUUCUCAGGUGCAGAAGCUGUAGUGUGUGUGUUUGUGUGUAUUCGUGGGUGUGUUAGAAGAAUGGGGUGAUUAAUUUUGUUGUGGUGUAUGGCCUCUGCCUGCAUGCUUGAUGCCUUCUGUUGACCACGAUGACUAAUGACACUUUCCAUUUUAAACCAAAGAGACUCAAGCAAAGAUUAUAUUGUUUGAUGUGGACACAUGAUUACUCAGAAAACAGUGAAACGAAGCCAACAUUCUUUUGCCUCUGCUUAAUAAGCCGUAAUUUAUUUUUCUUCUGGAGUCUACAGAUAAUGUAAACUUCUCUCCACUAGAACUACUAAAUGUUCCCAGUUACUGUAUCAUGAUUAAGUUACUCACCAAACACGAACACCACAGAGACCAGUCGGCCUGCCUCAGGAUUUCUUUUUGUUGUCCAUGUAGAAGGAAAUGGUCAGGCAGCUUUAGGGUUACGCCCCACUGAUGCAUACUGACAGAACUCUGAAGCAAAAGGUGCAGAUGGGUCUGAUGUUUUCUCUUGAUCAACAAAUGAAUCAAUGGAUUCAUAGGACGGUUGUUAGUUCAGCAGGUUGAUUGUGAGAGCCUUACCUGUAAAAUGCUAGACUCCAGCAGACAAUUUCUUUCUGGGACACCAUUGUCACCAGGUUAGCAAAUAUUUUUUCAUGAUUUGUGGGAUAGAUUCUUUGGUUUGAUUCCACAGAAGGAGUUCAUAGUGGAUGAAAUACUCAUAACAUGUUUUCACCUAACAAAGGCUAAGAACAUUUUAGUUAACUCCUAAUACAGAAGCUACUUCUCAAUUAUCAUUAACACAGCAUGAAUUACCUGUACAGAUUUGCAUCUUUUUAUAGCAGAGAGGAAGAGAAGCACAUGGAAUUAACUGCUCUCUUGACUGCACUCUCUUAAGGUAGCAUUAGGAACAAAGGAAGGAAUAAGCUAGGGAUAUAUGAAUUAUUCCUGAAGCAUACAGGUGUGCAAACUGUUUCAAAGUACUUUUGCUUAGCUCUAAAUCAGGGAUGGCUAACCUGUGGAUUCCGACUCCCAUCAGCCCUAGUCAGCAUGGCUAAUGGCCAGGGAUUAUGGGAGUUGUAAUUAAACAAUAUUUGGAGGGACACAAAUUCAUUAAUUCCUGUUCUAAAUAGGCAGGGCAAUAUAUAUAUUUAUAUCCCUGCCUAUUUAGAACAGGAAUGUGUGUGUGUGUGUGUGUGUAUGUCAUGGGGGUCAGUAGGGAUGAUGCGUAUGGAUCCCUUCCAAACCUGUGAUCCUGUAUAUGUGAGGCUAGAGUCCCUGAGAGAAAGCUUGCUGAACCAGUCAGACUAGCCUUUCUGUUAAGGUAAUAGCCUCAGCUGUCCAAUUAAGUACUUCCAUUUACAUGCCCAAAGAGAUUUCCAUAGAGACAAAUGGGUGGGUCUUUUACCACCUCACCUGGCUAGAUGCCACCUCAUCCUAGGAUAGUGAACAAUAGGCCAAGAAAGGAGCUGUGUGUGAGAGUGAAGUUUGACUGAUGCUGGAAGCUGGAGGACAAAGGCAUCUCUGCUUUGACCUGGUCCCAAAGCUGUGACUUGGGGCUUCCCUGGAACCUUAGUGGGGAAGCAAGGUCUGUUGGGAUGGUGACGCUUUGAGGCUCUACAUCAUCUGUUCAAGUUGUAUAGAAGUGAAAAUAAAACCAUAUAGCCUAAAGAUACCCAAGUCUCCUUUGACCUUCAUUCCAAGGAAACUGAACCCUAGGUAAACUCUGGCACCCCUCUUGCCUCUCAGAGUUUGGGGUACAUGCAAAGUAUUGUGCUCUUUUGUCAUAGAGCUAUCUACAUAUCCCAUGUUGGUUGGGUUGCAGAGAACUUCCUUGUCCAUCAAUAGUUUAAUAUGCAUGCACUCUUAUUUUCCAAUAUAGAUGGAUUUUAGGAUAGGAGCAGCAAAUAUUCUGAAACUCCUGCCUACCAUAGCAGUAAAAUGUCUCAUUCUCAUUUUUGCAGUCUUGUUUAUCUUCUAUGGAUAAAAUUCUAACAAUAUAAAAUUUUAUAAUGUUUUCUUUAAGACUGAUACAACAGUAGGCUUCAAGGGCGGAAACACUUUCCCUUUCUUCCCUUUUAUUUAUUUCCAGUAUGCUAUUCUGGUUCCAAUAAUAGAGAAUACAUUUUAGGCAACAAUUCCUUUGUAAUCUUAAAGCUUCUGUAAUUGUUUAAAGCUUUUUUUAAGGAGUGUUUCUUAAGAUGGUUAUUAUAAAAAUCCCUUCACUGGAAAUACAUUGGUCAUUUUUUUAUUUUUAUGUCUUAGAUUAUUCAGACCCAAACACUAUUCACCUCGCAUCAGUUCUUUGCAUCUCUUUACGCCAUAAGUAAUCCAGUUUGAUCUAUUUUGAUUUUACCCAUAAAGGAAGUCAGCAAGGACACUGCAGAACUUAAGGGCCUUCUUAGUUUAUCACAGACAGUUAAUGCCAACAUAUUACAGCCAAAAUCCUAAAGCAAGCAGAGGGGUCUUUAGGACGCUGUCAGGAGCAGUGCCAAGGAAGGUGCUUUCUGAUUGUCAGUAUUCUGUGUGAGGACUUCAGAUGCAUAUUGGAAAAUUAUAUUUGCAUAAUUAAAGUGGAUUAAAGCACUCUGUUGCCCUAGUGCAACAAUUUCACCGAAAAAAGGAAAGAUUUUUAAUUUUCAAAACUUUAUUGAAAAGUUAAAUGCUUAAUAAACCUGAACAAAAGAUCCAGGAGUUAAUAUACAGUCACUGCUAUGAAAAUGUGGCUUGGGGGGGCAAUUCAAUUUGCAUCACUUGAUAUAAGGUUUAAGUUCAGUCCGGGGGGGGGGGGGGGGGAGAGAGAAGCCUUUACAUGCUUGGAAUAUAAGUAAAUUUUUAACUUGAUGAGUAUUGGCACUGCAAUAAAGAGCAAGCAACAGUAAUGCAGAUGUUUUAGAAUUGCUCUGUAUUUGGCAAAAGGUACCAUAAGUAUUGUGAUUUCCUUUUGAGUAUAAUUCAAACAUAGUUUGAAUACGGAUUGGUUUGCAUUUUUGCCUCUAAUCAUGAGAAUCUUUCUAGCCGUUUGGGGAUUAAUCAGAGAACAGUAAUUGUAGUUAGAUCACACAUUUUUAAUUGCAAAAAAGAAAUAUUGCAUAUCCUCUUCUAUGAAUAAAAUAGAUUAUGGCAUGAGACUCUUAAUCUCAGGGUCAGGGUUCAAGCCCCACCUUGGGCAAAAGAUUCCUGCAUUGCAGGGGGCUGUACUAGAUAAACCUCGUAGUCCCUUCCAGCUCUGCAAGUCUAUGAUUCUAUGUUGGCAAUGCUAGAAAAGCAGCUUGCCUUAGGCAGAGAAAACAAGAAGUAUGUUUCUAAUGCAAAACAUUUCUCCUCUGUAUAGAUGUCAGAACUGUUUCUCUGCAAUGAACCAUUUUCUUAUUUGAAUAUGAAUGCAAAAGUAAUUCAGAACAUAAGGUGAACCCGGCUGGAUCAGGCCACAAGCCCAUCUCAUCCAGCACCCUGUUCUCACAGUGGCCAACCAGAUGCCUGUGGGAAGCCGGGAAGCUGGACAUGGCUGCAGCAGCACUUGGCCUACCUGUGAUUCCCAGCAAAUGAUAUUCAGACGCUUGAUGACUCUGACAGUGGAGGUAGACCAUAGGCAUUGUGACUAGUAAUAAUAAUAAUAUAAUAAUAACAAUUUAUUAUUUCUACCCUGCCCAUCUGGCUGGGUUUCCCCAGCCACUCUGGGCGACUUUCAACAGAACAUUAAAAACAGAAUAAAACAUCACACAUUAAAAACUUCCCUAAACAGGGCUGCCUUCAGAUGUCUUCUAAAAGUCGGAUAGUUGUUUAUUUCCUUGACAUCUAGUGGGAAGGCAUUCCACAGGGCGGGUGCCACUACUGAGAAGGACCUCUGCCUGGUUCCCUGUAGCUUCACUUUUCGCAGUGAGGGAACCACUAGUAGCCACUGAUAGUGUUAAGGUCAAGGUCAAGGGACCCCUGACCAUUAGGUCCAGUAGUGACCGACUCUGGGGUUGCAGCGCUCAUCUCGCUUUACUGGCCGAGGGAGCCAGCGUUUGCCUGCAGACAGCUUCCGGUCAUGUGGCCAGCAUGACUAAGCUGCUUCUGGCGAACCAGAGCAGCACACAGAAACACUGUUUACCUUCCCACCGGAGCGGUACCUAUUUAUCUACUUGCACUUUGACGUGCUUUUGAACUGCUAGGUUGGCAGGAGCAGGGACCGAGCAACGGGAGCUCACCCUGUCGCGGGGAUUCGAACCGCCGACCUUCUGAUCGGCAAGUCCUAGGCUCUGUGGUUUAACCCACAGCGCCACCUGCAUCCCACUAAUAAUAGCCUUAUCCUCCAUGAAUUUGUCUCAUCCUCUUUUAAAGCCAUCCUGAUGUAGAGCUUUAUCCCCCUCCCCACCCCCUUCUUCCUGAUGUAACUCUUCCCUCAUCCCUUCCUCCCUGACUGAGGGAGGAUGUCAUUUUGUGGUUUGCCUCAGGCACCGAAAUGUCUUUGGUCAGCCUUGCCCAUUGGGGAGUGGGGGGGGGGGAGACUUCAACUCAAUAGUGGGAGGGGCUAAGCAGGCAGAGGAGGGAUCAAAGGGGCAGGACCCAGGCUCAUCACCAGGAACCAGGUGUCACUUCUGUAGGUGGGAUCAGACACACCUACCCAAGCACAGUGCACAUUUGAAUACGUAGCGAUCUUGCAUGUUGAGAGAGUCUCAGCUCAGCUCAUCUUUAAAAGCUUGGCAGUGGGAGCAGUUGGGAUAUCUCUGAUGCUUGCACUCAAUCCUGCAUCUCUUGCAGAGGAGCCAAGUCCUAGGGGCCGUGGGGACUUCGGCCCACACAAUAAGAUAUUUGAGGGGGCCGGGACCCCACAAAGUUGAUGGGCAUUCCUAUUCAAAUGGUAUGUGCGCAUUGCGUCAUGUGAUUGAUUAUGUGGGGCGGGGCUUACCUGGGCCCCCACAAUAUUUUAUUCAAGUUGGCACCCCUGAUCUCUUGCCUUGCUCAUGUACUGAGCCCAUGCUGCUAUGAGCCUGAAUAAAGUUCUCUUCCUUACUUGCAGUUCAUAGUGUUUUGGGGCAGAAGUGCGACAGGUUGCUGAAACAUGGCUUUCUCUUCUAAGUUCAUGAAGAGAAGAUUUUAUAUAUAUAUAAUAUAGUGUGUUAUGAUGUACUUAAUUUAGUUUGCUGUUGUGAACAGAUAUGGAAUUAUAAAUAGGUAAGGGGAUGUUUCUGGUGCUGGUAUUUUGCAUUUGCGAUGGUUUUAUUUUUGUGAUAGCUGUGAGAUAUGAAUGAUAUCCAUUGUUAUCCAAGACACAGUCAGAGCAGAGCUGUUAAAAUCAAUGAACUGGAGUUGCUUAUGUCCACAGAUUUCAAAGGGUCACAUGCUAUGUGAAGAAAUACUUUCUUUUGUCUAUCCAGAAUCUUUCAAAAUUCAGCUUCAUUGAGUUUUCAUAUUAUGAGGGGGCGGGUAAUCCCUCUCUACCAGCUUUCUCCAUAUCCCACAUAAUUUCAAACACCUCUAUCAUGCCCCUUCUUUCUUGCCUUUCUUUGUAAGCGAAAAAGCCUCAAAUAUUGUCACUUUUCCUCUGACGGGAGAUGCUCCAGCCCUUGAAAAAGUUGCACUUUUCCUCAAAUUGCAUCUGAGAUGAUAAUAAAUAGUAGAAGACACUGCAAUGAAGUUUUUAAUUCCCCCCCCCCAUAAAAAUAUAACUUUGGUAUUUUCUUAAAUCCAAGUGGUGCAAUGAUGAGCUUGCUCAGAAUUAUUUUUUGUCCUCAAAGCCAGAUGCGGCAAAAUCAAAAUUUAACUCCAAGGCCUAUGACACUUUUGUUCAAUAGGGAGGGCAUGGCCUCAACACAGGGAUGGGGAACUUGUGACCCUCCAGACAUUGCUAUACUACACCUCCGAUCACCCCUGGACAUGGGCCAAACUGGCUCCUGGGGUUGAUAUUGAGUCCUGCAAUAUCUGAAGGGCGGCACUUUGGUAAGUAGGAGGUUUUUUCAAGGGAAGAGAGUGCAGCCACUCCAAACGUAUCCACCAGGUGUCACUCUUGCAAGCCAAUUUUCAGUUGUAUUCAAGGGACAUGCCAAAACGAAGCGAACCAGUUGUAGGUAAAUACCGUGAAGCUGAAUUCAAAUAACACAUGGAACUGGCUCACCAAGUUGUUGCAAAGAUAUCACCAAACAGGCAGAAAGCCCAUUUAUUUUUCAAUUAUACUUAGGUUCAUUUUUGUUGCCCCUAACUCCACCCCAAGAGGGACUAAGCAUCACAACAUAAACUAAAUAGGCAGAAAGAUAAAAAGCUGCAAGAUAAAUGAUGAUGGCUGUGCUCCCUCACCCAUUUUUAGCUGGAAGGUGAAGGUGGUUUUAAGUUCUUACUGUCAACUAUUUUACUACAAAGGAAGCCAUUGGUUGUAUAGCUGGGCACUAUAGAGAGAUAUUGCGAUAGGGUAAUUCCAUGUCAAGUGUCUUUUAUCUUACUAUUUUAUAUUGCUUUCAUCUUCAGUGUAAGAGAAGGUCCCAGAUCUCAGUUUUUAAUUUUUUAUCUCAUCCCGUUUUUGAAUUAUGAAGGUUUGAAAUUUCAAAAAAUUGACAAUUUUGGCCUUGACAGACUACACAAAAACCUUAAAAGCUCAGACCAGAAUUAAUAUAUUUCAAAACUAAAAAAACCCCAAUCUCUUCAGAACUUCAAGGGCUCUAAUAUGAUAUGGCACAUGAUGGACUUACUUUAAAUCUUAAAGUUAAUUUACAUUUUUUUAAAAAAAAAAAUAAGUGAUUUAAAAAACUAAUAUGCUUUAAAAAUUCCCAAAAAAGUAUUGAUUAUUUCAUAUUUCUAAGAGCUUCCGGCAAUUUUUCAUCUUGGGAUUUCAACGGGAUCACUUUAAAAAUAAAAUAAAAUUGUACAUACAUGUUGACCUUAUUGGGUUCUAUUCAGGAUGAAUGGAUCUUCCUGGAGUAAAAUAUAACAGAAUAAAGAAGACUUCAAACCAUAAUACCAGUUACUUCAAGCAUUUCCUCAAAAUGUUAUCCAAUUAAAGGGUUUCUGAAAAGCUAGUCGGGCUUUUCUUUUAAGCCAGUAGUAGUGCCACUACUGGUUGCAGCUGCUAUUUACAUUUUCUAAAAGUGUUUAAUUCACUUCACAUCUGGUUUGGGCCCAAGGCAAGGGAGAGAGUUAACUUGGACUCUCUAGUGGCCAACCAUGUAUUUUGUACAAAUUAUACAAAAUAUAAAUAAAACAUUUACAAACAAAACACUUAAAUAGCUACCUUUCUACUGGUAGGACGGGGGGGCGGGGAGCAUGGAUGUAGGCAGGCUUUUUGUUACGGGGCAGGCUUUUGUUAGGGGGUAUAAGCUCUGAUUUGUAUUGAUUUGUAUUGAGUUUUACUUAUGGGGGGCAAUUACCCCCUGCCCCCCCCCAGCUACACCUAUGGGCAGGGCCACAGGAAGGAAAUGAGGUCAGAAGGGGGGCACAGUUGGAAAAAGGUUGGGAAACACUGAUCUAGAAGAAGCAAGUUAGGUGGAAGGAGAGGAAAGGAAUAGACAAAUAUGGGCAAGAAACUCAGACAAGCCUCCCAAACAGGCACUACAAUAUAUUUAAAGCGCAUGAAAUAAUUUGCUAUUAAAGCAUAUAGACAAAAUUUUCUCCCCGCCCCUAGCUUGUUCUUCCAGCCCACUAGAUGUACAAUGUACUUUUCAUUUCUGUCCGAUGUGUUCUCUUGAUGCAGAAUGAGAUGAGUACAAAGAAAUCCAUCAGAUUUUAUGAUCCCUUUGUAUUAAAUAUUGAUAACCUGACAGAAUGUCUGAGGCAGCUCUCUGCUUGGCAAGAGGAAUCACUCAGCCACAUAAACCAAGGAGUCUGUACAUAAGCAAUUACUUAAAUGUUACUGUAACGGGCAGGAUAGACACAAAAGUAUUGUUUUUACAAGACAACUGAAAGUGGGGGAGAGUGAGGGGGUGGCGUUGUUUUUAAGGAAGAACAAGAAAAAUAUUUGUUUAAAAGUUCCCUCAGGUUUAUACCUCACCCCCACCCCCCCGAAAGAAGAUUUAAAACAGAUGAAGAGUGAAAUUCAGUGUAGAUAAAUAUGAGGAAACAAGUCUCAGUGGUUUUUAAAAUACUAUUUAUUUAACUAACAAACAAGAAAAACACAUAUUUAAAUCCACAGUACAGUGAUACCUCAGGUUAAGAACUUAAUCCGUUCUGGAGGUCCAUUCUUAACCUGAAACUGUUUUUAACCUGAAGCACCACUUUAGCUAAUGGGGCCUCCUGCUGCUGCUGCUGCGCCGCAGGAGCACGAUUUCUGUUCUCAUCCUGAAGCAAAGUUCUUAACCUGAAGCAAUAUUUCUGGGUUAGCGGAGUCUGUAACCUGAAGCGUAUGCAACCUGAAGCAUAUGUAACUUAAGGUACCACUGUAUUUGAUUAUUUAAAUUACACGAAUAUAAUUUAUUAUACAAGUGGAUUAUUUGUAACCAUCUCAACAUGCUGUACAGUGGUACCUUGGGUUACAUACGCUUCAGGUUACAGACGCUUCAGGUAACAGACUCUGCUAACCCAGAAAUAGUACCUCAGGUUAAGAACUUUGCUUUAGGAUGAGAACAGAAAUCGUGCUCCGGCGGUGCAGCAGCAGCAGGAGGCCCCAUUAGCUAAAGUGGUGCUUCAGGUUAAGAACAGUUUCAGGUUAAGUACGGACCUCCGGAACGAAUUAAGUACUUAACCUGAGGUACCACUGUAACAAAGGACUGAAAUUAAAUUUGGGGUCAGAGCCAAAGUAUGCUGUUUGCUCUGAUUGAGUACUAAAGAGCGGUUCUCCCCAGUGUGGAGAAGCCCUAGGUUUGCACAUUAAUUCAGCUAUGCCUUCUGCAAGGGGUCUUCUUUGUAAUCUGCCUAGAGGUUCAAGCUUAUUCAGCUAGCCACAGCCAGGGCCAGAAACCUCCAAUAAAGUCUGAAAAUAGAUAUAGCUCUCCUUGUGGGAAUUGACUAGGGCUUUCCUGCAAAGGUCCUGAAUAACCUGAAAGAAAGAGAGAGAGAGAGAAUCAGAAGCAGGGAAAUGAGAACAGGAGUCAAAGGUACAGGGACCAGCUCAGAAAAAAGAUGUCCUACUCUAAUCUGUAUCCAGGGGGGAGAGGCAAACUUUGAAAUAAGUUAUGUGGAUCAGGCUGGAGAGUGUCAGACCCAAGAGAAUGAACGUUUUGGUGACAGGUGCCUAGUUAUAGGAAGGAGACUUUCUGACUGGCCUAGGCUCAGAAACAAAGGGUUAUCAUGCGAAGGACAUUUAUCAUGUGAAGGAUUAUCACGUGAAAGACAUUGCCAUGGAAGGCAAUGAUUAGUCAGUCAGGAAAGGUGGAGGACUUUUGCAGGAAAUGUAAAUUUCGGUUUAAUCUAAUUACCUGGGGUUGAUAGAAGUUGUUGCUUGAUAGAAACUGCUCCUUGAUAACUGUCAAGAAUUAAUUAAUGCUAAAUAAGGAUUUCUAUUUGCACUAGAUAUGGCAGAGAUUCCGGGGGACUAGGCCUGUAUUUACAUAGUUCAUUAUGCAUAUCAGUCACCAUGGGGAAAUUCUCCUAUCUUUUUGGCUGGAAGACCUCAGCUUCUCUUGAUGGGGGUGUACCCAAGUCUGAUUACCUCUAAAUACACAGUAUUGACUCCUGUGCAAAAGCAUCACACUCAUUGUUUGAAGCAAAGAGAAAACAAGCGCAUCAUUUCAGGGCAUGUAGAGAGUUCCCCAAAGGCACACCCUUCCAUUGUCUCCCAAGACAAAGGGAUGCCAACCAACCAAGGAGAGUUCCAGUGAAACGAUGCUACUGAAGGCUACUGAGCUCAGUGCAAAUUAUUUCCAGGUAAACAUUGUGCUGAAUGCCUACCUACAAAUGAGACAGUCCACAAUGGUUCAUUGAUGUCUGUUUUUAAACUUUUUAUAUGGCUUUAUGGCAUGUUUUAUGUAUUAUUGCUGUAAAGCCCUUGGAUGGCUUUUCUUUUAUCUUUUAAUGAUAUAACAGUAUGUAAUUAUUUUUCAAACAAAUAAAUAAAACUGAAGCUAGGUGCAAGUGACUAAAAUCAGUAGACAAAACUCCUUCCCAAAUUGCCUGAGAUGCCUACGCUUUCGUGCUGCCAUUCAUUACUUCCCUGGCCAAGCCAAGGCCAAAAGCCUUUCCUUACAGGGUGUCUUAGUCUGGACUAUUCCCCCUUUGCUGCAAAGUGCUGAAAGGAGAUGUCAUCUUGGACGAAGCCUCCUGGCCCUCUCCAACUUUUUAAUCAUUAAGCGGGUUAGGCCUCUAACCAGAAAAAUCAGGCCCCUUAUGUUGUCUUUGGUUUGUCUCCUCUCCCUCUUGCGUGCGCGCGCACACACACACACACUUUCAUUCCCGUAAAACCCAACCUCUCCCUGCCAAAAGUAUAAUAGCGAGCCCAUGAGGAGAGCUGUGUGCAGAAUACCAACGACACGGUCAUAAAAGUAUGAGAACAGCGUUCACGUCUAGCACAGCGGGACAAUGGGGGUGGAAAAUAGUAUUCAUUCAACUUCUCUUGUGGAGUCAAAGGCUGCUGGCAAGCAAGGAUGGGUUCUAAAAAUAGUGCCGAAUCUUAAAAGGAGAGAAGCAAUGUGGAAUUAACUAAAUCAUUUCCAAAUGUCUCAUAGAGCUGUUCUGCUAAAACAAUCUGGAGAAGCACUCGGGUCCUUAGACCACUGUAUAUACAGGAAGGAAGCAUCAUGGUCAAGCCCUCCUUGUUUUAACAAAUAAAACAAAUGGGUCUGAGUUGGUUUUCUAUUUUAUUUGUACUAGACGAUGGCAUAUUAGAAAAGAAGCUGCAAGGUGCUUGGAGAGACACCUCCUAGGUUAUCUUCUAUGACCUGCAGUCAGUAGACCGUCUGCUUUGACACAAGAGUUUAAACGGGUCAUACAAGAGCUGGAACUGGACCUGUCAAUAUCUGUCCUACUUUUUCUUUUAUAUUUUUGUGUCUCUCCAUUCAGCAGAGGUCCCUAAGAUCAGGCGGUUCGGGACAGAAAGAAAAUAAAUAAAAAGAAACUAAACAGUUUUGCUACUCAGUUGAAUUGUGGGCUUUCGGCUGGAUAGCUGCCUCCAGCCCAGCAGUAUAAGAGGGUAUCUCAUCCACUGGGUGAGAAGGAGACUCAAACCCAGUGUUGGCUGCAGCGCUGGCUACUGCUCUUCCAUGUGCCCCCCCCCCAGAGCUUGGCUUGAGGAACACCCUCUGGGUUGCCUCAAGCUGUUCAUUUCCUAUACCUUGAAAGUAGAACUUCUGUUUAGGAACAGCUUUGUGUCUAACCCAGAUCAUUCUUCAGAGAUGAAAAGGAUUCCCGUCCCUCACUUUCUUUUAACCAUCCCCUUGAUUUGUGAUUGCUUUGGCAGAGCACCCCCCCCCCCGGCCACCGUUUGUUUUGCAGGCGUAUCUCAGAAGCGGGGGGGGGGGGGGUGAAAACAUUUCCCCGUAUCCCCUCUGCUUCUGGUAUCUUCUCAUAAGGCAGUGGUGGGCAACCUGUGACCCUUGGUCUCUCAUUUCAUGCAGGUGAGCAAGGUGGGUGGAAGCAAUGGAGGAAUGUUGAGAGGGUGAGGGAGAAAAUGGGGGGGGGGACAAUUGCUAUUAUCUAUGGGCCUGUAGAAAUUCUCUUUCAGGACUGAAACCCAGACACCCAGACGGUUCAAGAAAUGGCUGAAGGGGAAAUCACGACAUUCACAGCUCUGACAGAGAAGUUUGAUCUCCCAAUGGGGAAUUACAAGAAGCCCAAACUCCUUUACUGCAGCAACGGGGGCCAUUUCUUGAGGAUACUUCCUGAUGGCAAAGUGGAUGGUACAAUGGAUCGAAAUGACCAACACAGUAAGCUUUUACUUGCUUUUUAUCAGUGGGUCUCAAACUGAAAGAAACCCUUAUGGUGGUGGCCUAUUAGGGUGGUCUUUGGUAAUAUGGUGCCCUGAGCGAGGCCCCCAAAUUUAUCUUCUCAAUUAUGAAUCUUCUCUGUUUUGCACCCCCUGGACUUUGUUCCCUGUGCAGGGGAACCACUCACACCACCCUAAAUCCAGCACUGGACCUCUCCACUAUGGAACCUUUGAUCAUUUGCCAUGGAACUUGACUGUUUGGCAAAGGAUCCUGGUGGCACAUUCUAGAGUGCACUGUUGUGGGGGGUUUCUGCUUGACCAAUGAGAGCUGAGUGUAGCCUAGGACAUGCUGAACACCAAAUCUCUUUCUCCUCUACACGACAAUGUAGCAAGCACUGAUGUUUAAAGCAUGCCAAAGGCUUCCCAUCUAUAUGCAUGUGUUUUUAAUGUUUGUGUCUGUGAUAAUUCAACAUUAAAUAUGUACCCAUGUGUAAGUUAAACCAUUAAAUAUAAACCACCACCCCUAAAACACAAAUCAUAGCCGCAACCACAGACACAGGUAGCUGAAAACCAAAAAGAACUGCAAGCCAGGAGAUAAUGGUUCGAUUUGUGUGAUCAACGGACAUGUGUGCAGGACGUCUGAACAGAGUCCCUGCAAUGCGCAGAAUGAUCCUUCCAGGCGACAGGGAAUCUUACACUUGGAGAUAGAGGCCGCUGUGGGUCCAGCCACAUAUCCAGAGGCUUCAUCCUGCUGCAUUUCCCUUACGUGUGUUCACUGAUCCCACAGCCUGAAUGCAUGAGAUUCAACAAGAUAAAGACUGCAGCUGGUUAGGAGGAUGUCUGCAUUGUGCAUCACAGUCUGUAGGGCAUCCCCUGGCUCUUUCCAUAGACCUCAGUCAGAAGCUAGUGUCCUGCAUGUUGCUCUGUAACAACCAUUCAGCAUCUCUCCCCUCCAUUCUCCCAGACAGUAUCUAGUCAGAGAAAUGUGUGGAGUGAGUUCUCCUUGUUCAGCGUUUCCCAACCCACUGCAAGUGGAGAAAAUUUGACGGGAUACUGUUACACUGAACAUGCCUUUUACAAGAAAUUUUACUAGGCGAGGUGCAGAUCUAUGGCAGCGAUAUGUCCCUUAUAAAGUCGAGCUCAGCCCUUAGCCUGCUUCAGCCAGCAGCAUUACCAUAGCAAUCUCCUGCAUGUACUGUUGGUCUUGAUUGUAUAGCCUUAUCCCUGCUCAUUUUAAUCAAACCUAUUGAAUAAUUGCCCUCAUUGGCCCUGUGUAUAUUAUUACAUAUAAAUUCCAAAGCACAGGGAACAUGGUGCUCUAAACCUCGGAAAAAAUGAUGCCCUGUAUCCCAGAACACCGAGGAAAUCAGGCUCAAAAUCAUUAAUUAGCAUGAGUGAUGGAAUAUGGGAAAGAAUAAAUAAAAGUGUCUCUGAUCAGACUUCCUUCAACGCCUUCAAUGCCUUCAACGCGUUCUCCCCCAGCCCCCAAAACUAAAUAUAUACACUCUUAGAAUUACGGAGGAGUACUUUAGAGUCGUUCACGACUGGACGUAACUGUCAGGGGUCUUUUACCUUUACCUUUUACUUUACGCAUAGAAGCCAGCACCCUUGCCCAGUUUUCAGCUGACUGGCUUUGCAAGAGGUUCAGUUACGUGACUCCUUGUGAUCCCUUCCAACUCUACAGUUCUAUGAUUUGAUGACCUUCAGGAUGGGUCAAGCACAGUGAUGAAAAGCAGCAGUCGUGGCACUGGUGCCAACAAUAUUAUAAAACACUUAAAUCCUACCUGCCCAUAUUUCCUACUUGACCAUAUCAAUUUACUUUCCAUGUUUGGGGACCGUAUGCAGUACCCUACAGUAACUGAAGGUCCUAUGGAUAAGGAAUGUGUUUUAUCGCUGUUUUGUAUAGGAUGUGUUCUCAACACAAGAUCCAUUUUCCUCUCCCCCUACACAGCACUUCAUAAUGGAUUCCUGAGGGAACAGAAUCUGCUGAAAUGCUUAUUCUGUGCUUUAACAUGAUGGAGAGAGGAAGUGGGAAGGACGAAGAAUGCAUGGGAGCCAAUAGUUUCCUCCUUAGGACAAGAACACUUUAUUCCCUUACUGGGAUUCAGUGCUUGCUCCUUGCGCCGUGUGUUCUGAAGAAUGUCCUAAACUGACUAAACAGGGCUUUAAGAGAGACUUUAUCCUUGAUCAGUUAAGAGCAGCAGUUUCCCAAACUUUUGCCUUUCAUGCAUGUCCAAACUACAAUGUUAGGAGCAAAUGCAUUGCUUCCAGUUUCGUCGUGGACGGUGUCACAUGACUAUUUCAUAAAGUACUUGUUUCCUACCCAGAACACUGCAAAGCAGGAAAAAAAUGGGUCUUGCCAGUGCUUUUUUUUUCUGGGGGUACUCAAGGGUACACAGUGCCAGCACCAUUUUUUUCCUAGAAGAAAAGCACUGGGUGUUGCCCUGUAAUGUGAAUCAGUUUUCCCAUGCUGCCUGAUGAAUAUGGCCUAGUGUUUAGCAUCCUUCCUCAGCAUCAGGGGUCAGCAAACUUACUGCGCCUCGGACCAGUGUCUCCAGCACCGAUUGCACGGUGGGCCAGAGGGCAGGGCAGCGUGUGCCCAUACGCGUGCGCACACGCUAUUUCUGGUGCACUUCCGGGUCGGAGGAGCACCAGAAAUAGCUUGUGUGCAUGUGCACAGGCCUCCUCUGACCCGGAUGUGCACUGGAAAUAACACUUGCGCAUGCGCACAAGCUAUUUCCAGUGCUCCUCCAACCCGGAAGUGGGCAGCCGGGCAGCGCAGCGCAGUGGGAGGCAGCACAGGCCAGAUAAACGAGUCCCUCGGGCCUUAUCCAGCCCGCGGGCCUUAGUUGGGCACCCCUGCUCAACAUGAUGCCUUUCAGAUCUUUUGACCUACAACACCCUUCAGACGUGUGUCUGUCAUGGUGAAGAUGCUGGACUAGGACCUGCCAGACCAGGAUUCAAAUCCUUCCAGAGUCACUGGGUGACCUUGGGACAGUCACAGUCUCUCAGCUUAAGCUACUUCACAGGGUUGUUGUGAGGAUAAAAACUGGGGAGGGGUGAGAACUGUGUACAUCAUCUUGUGCUGCUCAGAGGAGAAAUGGGAUACAAAUGUAAUAAAUGAAUGAAUAAAACCGCCAACCACUCACUGUGCUGGUUGGGACUGAUGGAAGUUGUAGUCCAAAUCAUCUGGCAGAUGCCAGGUUGGGGAAGAGGUGUGUGUGGGUAGCUCAGAGUGUGAUUUGCAGGUACAAUCCCUGUAUGGGACAGCUGCAUAUUCCUGCAUUGUAUGGGGUUGGACUAGAUCAGUGGUUCCCAACCUUUUUUUGGCCAUGCCCCACCUAAGCAUCUCUAAAAUCCUGAUGCCCCACCCCACUCCGUGACAUAUAAUUCCUAUUACUCAAAAAGUGAAAUCCUUUUCACGUGGAGGAAGCCUAAAAGGUCUGACUCAUUCUCAAAUUGCCCCCCUUAAAAAUCAAAUUGCCCUCCUGUGGGGCGUGUGCCCCACGUUGGGAACCACGGGACUAGAUGACCCUCCGGGUCCCUUCCAACUCUACAAUUCUACGAUCUAAGGCAGCUGUGGAACUCUACCUGUAUCUAUGUCAUUAAGAAAUGGCUCUUUUCUUUACAAAAUCAUACAUACAGAUGGCUCCACCCAUGCGAAUCUGCGUUUUGAAGUUCCAACGCUAUUACAGUCACAAAAUACUUGGGAGGCUUGUUGAACUCCUUUGUCCCAGGAAGCUGGCGGGUGAGAUUGGCAGCUUGAUACUGGAAGAUGAGACAGGACAAUAAGCUCAACUGUUGUGAUGGUCCAGCAGCUCUGACAUGCAUCGUGCUCCACUGUGCACUGGAACACACACUUGCAACGCACUGAUUUCACAGGAGGAGCCUCUUCCUGCCCUGUGUGUGUACUCUGUGCUGCUGUGCACUUACUGGAAUACAGCUGGGCUCCCUGCUGCAGGAUGUGCUGACAGGAGGCAGUCAGACGCGCUCUCCAAAUUCUAAGAAAAGCACCUUCUUCUUUUUUCUUCUUUUUUAAAGGAAAGCCACAGGAAUAUGUGGUUUCCCUCCCCUGCCCCAACUUUGCUCUCUGGUUUGUUUCUGAAGUCAGUUUAUGGCAGAGGUUUAAUUAUAAAUGCCAUUUACACACUCACACUCUCACACACACGCUCAACAGUGGACUGAGCGAAGAUGAUCUCAUCCUGAGUAAACAUAGCAAAGGACAGACGGGAAGUCUCUAACCCAGAGUAAACUGGCAUGCAACCUUUCAGAAACCCUGUUCAAGCAACGGAGGUAGGAAAGCAAACAAGGAGGGAAAUCUGCAGAAGGCACACAAGCCUGCCUGCCGUUUGCAAGGAACAAGCUGGGCAAGAUGCAGGAGGAGAGACAUGCUCUGAAACACAGAGGCCCACCCCUCCCGACAAGUGUAUUUGCUAACACCUCUCUCUUCUGUAAUACAUAGGCAGCACCAGCUCUAGAGCUAUGUUUUUUGGGAGGGGGCAUCAGGCAAGAUGCCCUUUCUGAGUGGCCCCACUGCACUGCCAUCAUCACUGAACAGCCCCUGCCUGGUGUCCACUGAUGCUGACCUUUGGUGUCAGCCCUGUGUAGCUAGCUCAGCAUGCAGUAUGGGGUCUGGGCUUGCACUUUUUGAAAAGAGAGCCCCCUCAUCCCACAGGGAAUCCUUGAGGUCAACCAGUUCCAACUCCCUGCUCAGAACAUGGUCUUCAUAAGGGCAUAACGUCUUCCAAACUUAGCACUCAGAAGCAGUUACAUGGCACAGGGGAAAUAUGUUUUGUUGUUCAAAGUAAAGCCAUCAGUCAGUCCCACUGCCUUCAGGGAGUUCUGUGGACCUCAGAAAAGGUUUGCUUUUCACAGCAGAACAUAAAGAAUCUGGCAGGAACUCCUCUACCAUUAAUUGCAGAGAUAUCAAGAACAGGCUCCAGAGGGGAUGCAGUGCUAGUCAAAUUUCUUAUGUUGAGAGUUCACUUCAUCAGAUGCAUUGAAUGCCAUCCUGAGUUGGCAAGUAUACACACAUAGAUAGAUAAAUAUUUUAAGCUGAGAUCUUCCCCACUUCACAACAAUAUUGUUUUUAUGCACUGGAACACACACUCAUAAUGCAUUGAUUUCACAGAUUAGUGUUUGUGUAGAGAACAUUGUUCAGAACAAAGAAAAACAGAAUCCACUCCAGGCUUAUGUGUUUUACAAGAACUCCAAGAGUUGCCGUGGAAGCAGGUGCAAAAGACCUGCACUUAGAUUUUAAGAACAUGGUGCUGACAAUAUUCUGUCCCAGUGAGUAGUACAGCCGCCGCAUUUUCCACUAGCUGCAGCUUCCUGACCUACCACAAGGGCAGCCACACAUGGAGUGCAUUGCAGUAGUCCAAUUAGCUACCAGCCCAUAGUCAGCCUACUGUGGUCCAGAAAUGGCUUUACCUAUCUUAUGUACCCUAGCUGGUAGAAGGCAUUCCUAGCCACUGAGAUCACUUGGGUCUCUAGCAACAAAGAUGGAUAUAGAGGCACCCCCAGUCAAUAAACUUUGUUUUUCAGAGGAAAUACAACCCUAUGAAAAGCAAGCAAUUGAUAAAUUAUCUGGACUUGGGAACCACCCACCCACAGUGCCUCUGUCUUGCCAAGAUUCAGAGUCAGUUUAUUGGUCCUCAUCUAGCACACCGCCAAGACUAAAUUGUGCACAGCCUCUCCUGAUUCAGAUGUUAAAGAGAAGGAGAGUUAGGUAUCAUCAGCAUACUCGUAACACCUUGCUCUAAAUCUCCUGAUGACUGUUCCCAACUUCAUAUAGAUGUUAAACAGCAUUGGGGACCAGAUGAUACCCUAUGAUACCCCACAGCACAACUGCCGGUGGGCCAAAAGUCAACCACCCAAUGCUGUUCUCUGAAACUGACCCUGAAGAUAGAGUCAGCUGGCAGUGUUUAUUUUUCUCUUGCUUUCUAUUAUAUUGGCAAUUUUUUUUUGUUUUAAAAAUGGAGUGGGGAGAAAAGUGGGGCCUUAUUCUAUUACAGUGGUGAGAAACUUGUGGUCCUACAGAUGUUGUUCAGCUCCAAUCAGCUCUGACCAUUGGCCAUGCUGGCUGGGGCUGAAGGGAGCUGGAGUCCCGCAACAUCUGGAGGGCCAAAGGUUCCCUGCUCUAUUGUGUAUUCUGAUCAUCUGGUAUUGAGGGGGAUGCUGCUUAUGUACACAGAGGUCCCAUUUAGCCACCACCACCAGAUGCUGGAGGUCCUCUCCUCCAUGAAUUUGUCUAAUCCUUUUGAAAAGGCCAUAUAACACAGUAGCCAUUGCUUCAUUUUUGUGGUAGCAAAAGAUUUUCCAGGCCUUCCCAGUGUCCAGCUGUGUUGUAACAAGGAUGGAUUCCUAUUCCCUAAUAGGUCAGCAAGCUGUAAGAGGAAGAACAGCUAUGAGCUAGGAAAAGCAUUAGCUCCAUGUAAAAAGACACACACACACGCACACACACACACACACCCCUCCCUCCAUGCAUCACUUGCGCACUAUAGUCUUCUCAAUGAUUUCUCCUCCCCCCCCCUCGGAAAAAUGUUGCGUGUAGCCAGUGUUGCUUUCUAAAGGGUGUAUGUUUGCUAGCCUGUGCCAGAAAUGAGCUUAGCGUAAAUGAGCUAUUAAACUUGGACAUCCUGAUGAAAAAAUAUUUACAGAGGAAACUCCUUAAAUGGGUAUGUGCCAGCGGAAUAACCCUAGUUACAGAGGACAAGUCUUGGGCUGACGACGUAAGUAAACUUGGGUGGUGCCCUCACUUUCCAAAACCUAUUGAACUAAUCUUUGUAAUGACAUUUCUACAGGGCCAGAGCCCUGACUCUGUUGAAGUGAACAGAGCCCAUUUACAUGGAAGGAUGUGUACAAACAGCAGUCUCGUUUCUUUUAAUGAUAAGCAGUCCAUCCUCUCACUCACACCACAAAACAGCCACAAAAGUAGGAAGAGGUCUUCUUUAAUGAGGCAUGGGCUGCUUCUAGGGGAAAUAUAAUCUUCUCUUUCACCCCUUCCUCUCAUGCACUCUCUCCCUCUGUAUGUCUGUGUUUGCACACAUGCAAAUCCUGAACACACUUGCCUCAGAAAAAGUCAUGCUGAAUUGAAUGAGCAGACAUGAACAGGGCUGCUGUACAGGGUGGUGGAUUGGAACCAAUGGCACCACUGCCAGAUUGUUGCUAAGUGUCCCUUUUAAAGCAAAGUAAAGAAAAAAUGAGAGACAGAGAAAGGAAGCAAGAAGAUCAUGGGAGACAGAGAGAGAAGGUGGCUAAUGGAUAUCUAUGGCAAAAAAAACCCACACCUCAUUGUUACUGACCCCAAAUUACCCACUGGAGUUUAUUAUAUAAAAUAAAGGAUUGGUUUAAUAAUUUUAAUAUAAAUAAAGUCAGUUUUCCCCUGACUCUAUUAUGUAAUUUCCUCUCUCUUUCUCUGUUUGGUGUUUGUUAUGAGUUGUCCAUGAGCAGCCAACUUUUUCUCAAAGACAAAGUCAUUAGAGAAUUCAGCAUCAUCUUUCAUCUUGCAAGAUCACAUUUCUUAAAACAACAACAGCAACAUGAAUAUGAAUUAAGAAUCGUUGCCCCAACCUCCCAUAGGAAGCAGUUCUUGUUUUCAUAAAUGGCUGUUGGCUGCAAUUUUCACAUCUACUUGUAGCUGUGCAUCCAGAGCUACUGCAGAGCCCAAGUGAUCCUGGAGGGUUGUCAAGUUCUCCUUCAGCAGGGAAUGGUUCAUCUGAUUGAGUCAUCUGAAUGUGACUUAACAAAAUAAUUCCCUGCCACUGGAAGAACCUCUGGCAUGGGUGCAUAUUCCCCUUCAUAACUUUUGUCCUGGCACACUGGGCUAGUCAUUCUAACUUACUUUUUUCUGUGAGAUGGUUCAUAUUUAAGGGGAGGCAUUAAAUGCUGAUGACUGGUCCAGAAAGGUGAAAGGAGUCAUACCAAAAGACUAAAUGAUCCCCUCAGAUUUGGAUUUUAUGCAACCAUGGAGAAGAAGGAAACAGAGAUAUUUGUAAUGAAUGACUUUACAAAAGACUGGAAAGCUGAGCAAGGAACAGCCCACACACCGCAGGUCUCAAUUGCUGCAGGUCUCAAUUGCUACACCCAUGCCACAUUUUUUCCCUCCAAAGAGCUUAGAGAAGCUAGCACAUCCUUUCCUACAUCUCUGGGCCACUGCUUUACCUUCCUGCUGCUGUUCUUACUAUUAUUUUCUAUUGCAGUUCAGCUGCUGCUAAGUGCGGAAAAUUUGGGUGAGGUGUACAUAAAGAGCACAGAGUCUGGGCACUACUUGGCCAUGGAUGCCAAUGGCCGUUUAUAUGGCUCGGUAAGUAUGAGGUUUCUGUGGGACAGGGACUGGGGGAGGUUUUGAGGUUUGCAGAUAUAUUGUAGCCCACGGGCAGCAAAUAGACAUUGUUUGUUGUUUUUGCAGCUGGGUUGCCACAUUUUGCCCAGCUUUAUUUCUGGAAAAAUAAAUAAAAUAAUGAGAAGCGAUGUUCCAAAAUACUUCCAGAUACUGGAUUUCGUAUUUGGAAGGAGCAAUGCUGCUUCUUCCUCCAGCUGCCAAAUCACAGAGGGUGAUGCCAUUAGGGACACUGAGCCAAAUUUAACCCUAGGACAAACAAGCAUCAGAGAUGUUGUAUGUGCUGUUCACUCAGCAGGCUGGAGUGGUGGAAGGAUAGAGAAGGGGCUGAAAAGAAACAACCCUGCAGAACAACAGAUAGGUGGAGCCAAAAAGUUAGUGCUGCCUUCUUGACUGUUGCUCAGUGGCAGGCAGAAGGUUCAAAGUUCAAUCUCAGCAUCUCCAGUUAGGGCUAGGCUGACAAAAUCCUGGAGCACCACUGCCAGACAGCCUAGAUGGACCAACACUGAGCUAGAUGGACCAAUGGUCUGACUUCCUAUAAGGCAGCUUCCUAUGUUCCAUCGAGGUUUCACAAACACAUGGAUCAACACAGAAUCACAGAAUUGUAGAGUUGGAAGGGACCCUGAGGGUCAUCUACUCCAACCCCCUGCGAUGCAGGAAUCUCAGCUAAAGCAUCCAUGACAGAUGGCCAUCUAAUCUAUGCAUAGAAACCUCCAAGGAAGAAGAGUCCGUAACAUUCUGAGGGAGUCUGUCCUGCUGUUGGACAGCUCUUCCCUUCAGAAAGUUUAGUUGGAAUCUCCCUUCUUGUAACUUGAAGUGACUGGUUUGGAUGCUACCCUCUGGGGCAGGAGAAAACAAGCUUAUUCCCUCUUCCAUAUGACAACACUUUAGUUAUCUGAAUAUGGCUGUCAUGCCUCCUCUCGGUCUCCUCUUUUCCAGGAGAAACAUUCCCAGCUCCUUCUAGCUCUCCUCAUAAGGCUUAGUUUCCAGACCCUUGAUCAUCUUGGUUGCCCUCCUCUGUACACAUUCCAGCUUGUCAACUUCCUUAUUAAAUUGCAGUGCCCAGAACUGGACACAGUAUUCCAGGUGUGAUCUGACCAAGACAGAAUAGAGCGGUACUAUGACUUCCCUUGAUUAGGACACUAUACUUCUGUUGAUGCAGCCUAGAAUAGCAUUAGCUUCUUUUGCUGCUGCACCACACUGUUGACUCAGAAGGGCGCUUCCAGACUAUCACUAUCUCUGGGUGGGAUUCAGUCACACUGCAGCAAAUGUGGGCUGCACAAUUAACACACCUCUUUCCCCCAAAGACUAGACUUUUCCCAAUGAAAAAAGUGAUGGGGAAAUGCACCGAAAAGUGUGAGAUAGCACUUGCUUGAUACAGAAGCCAGCACCAUCCUUCAUUGCUGACGGAGAACUCAGCUGCUUCAUUUGCUUCCCAUUAUGAAUGCACCUCUCUCUUUCUCUUUUCUUCAGCAGUUGCCAACGGAAGAGUGUUUGUUCCUGGAGAGAAUGGAAGAAAACCAUUACAAUACCUACACAUCAAAGAUGCACGCAGAUAAAAACUGGUUCGUCGGCUUGAAGAAGAAUGGGAAAAGCAAACUGGGACCGCGGACUCAUUACGGCCAAAAGGCAAUCCUCUUCCUCCCCCUGCCAGUUUCACCCGAUUAGAUAGUUUCCCCACGUAGCAAAAUAUGUUCCUUAGAACGAAGCAGCCAGUAGACUUUUCCCUUUCCUUUCCUUCGAUUCUCCCUCCUGCUGGGGAACAUGAAAGAGAUGUGGGAGAUGGAAAAAAUGCAAAGCAAUUCCAUAAAACAUGCAUGUAUACAAGCAGAGUGCACAGGCAUCUCAGACGCACUGCCUCCAAAAUGAACCAGGUCACUUAAUAGUCAUACAACAGAACGUACCUUGGUGUUCAGCUUCUACGGUCAUAUAUGUAGCAAAGCUCCCCUUUUUCUGAAACCCGCAUUUAAACAAUAUGAUCUAACUUCCAGACAGCUUUUUCAUAAUCCUUGUGUAUCACAUGGAAUCAUAACCAACAAUGCUGAAGCUAUCCUAUUAUUUAAAACAAAUCUAACUGUGUGCUUAUAGUACCAGGAUCCUUGCUUCUUAAAAAGUAACAUUGCUCUGGUUCUUGGUAAUAUUUCUGUAAUAUAUAUUUAUUUAUUAAUAAGACUGUAUACAAUCUAUAUUAUUAGGCCAUUUUAACUGUAGACAAUCAAUAUUGUGUACAUUACAUAAGACCAGUGCUUUUUUUCCUGGUGGGGACGCAGGGGUACGCAUACCCCUAAACAUUUUGUGAAUCUAAGUUUGGCCUCGUUGAGGGGCAGUAUUUCAAUAUGAGCAGGAAAAUGAAAGUACCCCUAAACAUUUUUUUUAAAGAAAAAAAGCACUGCAUAAGACAAGAUCUUGAAUACUUUGGCAAGGAAAAUGAGCAAACACAGAACAAAUAUAAAAACAUAGUGGAACAUUUAUAUACAAAUGUAACUCCAGUUGGAAGCAAUGAAAGUUUAACCAUGAGCCAAAAUCCUGCUGAUUUCAAUGUGGCAUUAAAGAUGUGGUCUGCACUGUGCUGAUGGUGACACUUAGCCCCACCCCUCAAGACCAGCACAGUCUGUUGAGCCCCAGAAAACCCCAGACAAACCAGAGAUCUGGAGCUGGCAAGGCCCACAGGCCAUGUGAUAAAGGCCAGCACUGGUAAGGGGUAGGUGCAGCCAUCAUAAGAGCCCCCAGUUAGGAUGAGUGUUGCAGCUGGGCUUGGUGCUCCAGGCUGAUGGGGCUUUAUUCCACCAGUCACCGUUACAUGAUCAGCUAUGUCAGAACCAAUGAACAACGUGCUCUUUGGUUGCCUGAUGUUUUGGGGGAGUGGUGGGGGCAAGGAGCUCUGGUAGAAAGCAGAUUUCCCUAGGGAACAGACUUAGAGAAGUGUGAUAGGAAUUCAUUGUUCAUCUGCAGUCAUAUUUUGCCACAUAUUUCAUUUACUUGCCGCAGGCAUAAAAACAACCAGCUUAACUGUAUGCAAUGACUGUGUGGUUAAAUAACCGAAUUUCCAACGACCUUCUAAGAGAACUUGCACUUUUCUCUGUCCUUGCAAGAUACAUGGAACCUUGUUGUGAUUUGCAGGUCAUAUCCCAGGUUUCGCGACCUCUUUAAAUUCCAUUGAUUUCCACGAUUUUGAAGGAGGGUGGGCCUGUUUGCAUGCCAUAACUCUAGAAUCUAGAUCAUUAUAGGGGCUGCAGAGAUGCUGCAUUCAAUGUUGACUAAACACACAAAAGUGGGAGCAAAAUAAUGCACUUUGGCCCUGACCUAAACCUCCCCCCCCCCAUUCCCAGCUACAUGCAUUCAGCAUCAUUUUUCAAAAGAGCCUAUUUAUCUGCCUACAAUACAGGCAUAAGCUCUAUGCUGAAGGAGAGGACAAGACUAAUAAACAUAACAUCUGAAUGUAACAUCUGCACAUUCUAGAGUGGUUUGGGGAUACAAUUGCAAAUUGACCAGUUGCAAAAUGGCAGAUGAAUCACUUUCUUCCCUAGGUAUUAGUACCGUAAUCUGUAUUAUUUUACUGAAUUUCAAAAGCUGCUUGAUCAGCCAUAUAUUUGGCAUGCCACAGUUUUUAGUUCCAAGGGAGGUAAACUAUGCUAUCUUGCUGUUCUUAUUUCCGGAUUUCCCAGUGUGUUUUCCACAGCAGCAAAGCAGGCAGAUUAACUUCUGAUUAAACAUUCUGCCUUUCCUGAGUUUAAUUUUAUCAUUACUAAUUACAUUAAUUGUCACUUACUACAAACAUAUCUCAAAGUGGCAUACAGUUAUAAAAGCAUACAAUAGAAAAUUUAAAGUGUAUCAAAAAACAAAAAUCAAUUGGCUAAAAGUGCUCAAAUCAAAGCUUUUGUGAUACACUAAUUUGCUGGCAAUCUGUUUUCUGUUGUACCUCAACAUAUCUGGCACUACCAAAGGACACCCUCAGUGCUUCCCCACUGUCAGUUCCUACAUCUCACACCAGUAAGGGUUAUUCAUGUCAUUACUUGAGUGUUUCCAAAAAGUCACACUUGGCUCCAGAACAAACCCAAACAUAGGGCACUCUGUGUUACCCAUUGGACCAUCUGCUCCUAAACCAUCACUGCAGGUUUCUGAAAUCCUUUAGGCCCAUUUGCUAAUAACAUUCCUCAAUAGAUGAAAUAGUGGCCUUUUUGCAGGGAUGCAUUCUUGUGUCUUAUUAUUUUCUUGCUUUGGUUUGGGACAGGCCUGGGAUCCUAUAAAAACCAUAGGUGCAAGGGGUGGAGAGAGAUAGGCAGAUUUGGCUUAGGCAAAUGCAUAGAGGGCAGGUCUAUCCCUCAGCAGCUUGCUGUUGUUUAAUUGUUUAGUUGUGUCCGACUCUUCGUGACCCCAUGGACCAGAGCACGCCAGGCACUUCUGUCUUCCACUGCCUCCCGCAGUUUGGUCAAACUCAUGCUGGUAGCUUCGAGAACACUGUCCAACCAUCUUGUCCUCUGUCGUCCCCUUCUCCUUGUGCCCUCAGCAGUACCACUACAUUCAGUGCAAAGGUGUUGGAGAAAAAACAGAGAACCGUCUUCCAUUGCAAUACUCACAUUUUUAAUGGGAGGAAAGUGACAGCCACCUGUGCCAAUAAGCCCACCCAAAACAACUUGGAAUAAUUGCCCCAGUCCUGGGUCCCUCACAUUCCAAGCACUAGCUCCAGAUGUUGCAAGGCUGUGAGCUAAGCUGCAUGUGACAAGGAAAAGCUUCCCAGCAUCACUAGCCUGGUAUUUGUGAACAGGAAGGAUUUCAGAUCAGACUACGGUGAUCAUAGUCUGGGCCAUGGCUCAGUGGUGAUCUGCUCUGCAUGCAGAAAGUCCCAGGCUCAAUCCCCAGGUAGGGCUGGGAGAGAUUCCCUGCCCAAAACCCUGGAGAACUUCUGCCAGUCCGGUUCUCAACCUGUGGGUCCCCAGAUGUUGUUGGACUACAACUCCCAUCAUCCCUGAGUUCUGGCCUUGCUAGCUAGGGGUGAUGGGAGUUGUAGUUCAACAACAUCUGGGGACCCACAGGUUGAGAAAGGCUGGUUUAGACAGCCCUGAACAAGAUGGGUCAGGGGUCUGACUGAGCAUAAGGCAGUUCCCUGUGUUCCUAUCCUGAGCUUGAGCAAAGCCUACCUACCAAGUAUUUCCAAAGGGAAAAAAACAAAAUGUGUCAGAGUGCAAGUCCAGUUUACCUAACAUCCUGUCUCUAGUCCUAGCAUUGUGGGAGGUAUUUCCAGGAUAGCAGCUAAAGGAAGGGUAUGUUGUUAUUUCUUGGACAGAGGACAAUUCAGGAAAUCCGUUCCUGUCCCAAGAUAGAAACUUUUCCUCAGCAAAGGAACAGAGUUCCACAGAACCAGAGUCUGCAAGAAAUAUGCCUCUGAUUCACAAGGCACUUUUCUUAUUUGCUGGAAACUUCUUUUCUCCAGUGUGUGCGUGCAGGGUUUUCUUUUCUUUUUACUGCUAUAAGAUACAAUUCAACAGUACUACAUUGCAGCAAGCACUUCGUUUGUCAAAUGAGAUCAGUGUUUCUUUCCCACCAUUCUGUUUUUCUUCUGUUUGUAAACUCCUGCCAAAUUUUCUUCUCGCUUACUCCUUCUCUAUAAGACCCCCUCCCUGUUCCCAGUCAUCAUCCUCUCCGGGGAUUAAGCGUUUCUGUUGAAAUGCCCAGCUGUCUUUUCUAUCUAUGUGCAUUUGCUCCACCUGGCCUGCUGGAGACUCUCAUCUGAUGUAAUCCAACCAAGAGGAGCUUCCCUGCUCUGUUUAUGCUCCUCCAUACAGUCUUAUACAAACUGCUGGGACAGGAACUGACCAUGAGCUUGUCCGUGUUUCCACUUGUGGACUGCCUAGAAAACGCGGAUCCGAGCAAUUUUCUCCUUGUCCUGCUCCUUUCCAAGGGAAAACCUGCUCUUUUGUGAUAGAUUGGAACAAAUGGCAAUCCCAAAUCAACAGUGUUGUACUAUAAUUAUGCAAUAAAACAGUGUUGUACUAUAAUUAUACAACAAAAUUAUACAAUAUUUAUACAAUAAAAGGAUGGGGAAUCUCUGGCCACAGAUGAAAACUUCCCUAUGACAAUACAUCCUUAAACAAAGAAAAUGGUUUGUCAGGAGAAGGCUAGAUAAGAACCCUUGCCCCUGACCUCUACUUUUCUGUAUGCCCAUUUUUGCUUUGUUUAUGUAGAGGAAUAGUCAAUAAAACCCAUGGUUUGAAAUGGUGCAGAAUGCAACCUAC